AUGUCGGCCAGGAGGAAUAUCGGCGAUCCCGAGGUGAGAGCUUGACCUACGCGUGGAUACUGCCUGGUAUCCGGCUCAGUGCGGUCCCCUUACCGAGCAGUGUCCGUUAGCGAGCUGCUGGCAGUACCUGCUGUUAUAACCGCCAGGCAAACCCACACGGUGUCAUUUAUAUAUCAUAUAUGUAAUCCAACACCGUGACUGCAGCUGUGCGGGACAACGUGUGCGAAUCCGCUGUUUUAGCCUAAACUAUAUCAUCAUCAUUAUUAUCAUUAUUAUUAUCAUUAUUAUCAAUUCCCUGUAAUACAGUCGCUAGGCACCAUGGCCACUUCAAAUCACUGAAAUGGUAAAGAAGCUCUGAGAUGCCCAUUAGAGUUUCAAAAAUUCCUUUUCACUAUUUAUUUUUUAAUUAAUAAAAAAAAUGUCAAUACUGACAUAAUGGGCACAAGCAACUGCCAACUCCCCUCCCCAAAACCUUUUUAAAGUGAUACUAUAGUGCUCGGGAAUACAAAGCUGUAUUUGUAGCACUAUACUUCCUUCGCACCCAACCCUGGCUGUGUAAGGUUUAAUAAACGUUUACCAUACUUGCCUGAUUCCAGCACUGAUCUCACUCGGCACUGGGUGGUCGCUCUUCCCUCUCUGACACCACACAAUGUUCUAUGUUACAAGAGCAUAAUAAUAAACUUUUUUGAUUCUGUAGAACAAGCAUGUCAAACUAGAAGGCUAGCAUGGACCACAUAAUCAAGGUUUAAGUUUAUGUGGGCCACAAAAAAACCCAAACCUUAAAUUUUCAUAGAAACAUAGGUUUGUUUUAAAAAGUACAGUAUAAAAAACAGCGUCCCCUCUGUACUAAUUCACAGCCCUCCCUCUGUAUUAAUUCAAUGUAUUAGCCCCCUGUCUGUACUAAAUCCCAGCCCCCCCCUCUAGUAAACCCCAGCCCUUGUUUAAAACAAAAAACAAUAUUAGCCAACAAGCAGACCCUGAUGAUCCACUCAUUGCCGCUGCCAGUAUGCAACUCCGGAGUCCAGCCUCUGGUAUACCCCCAAUGGCGCUGUCCGCAUCCUGUUCCAAACGAAUCCUCCUGCUGCUCCUUGAAAACCUGUGAAGGUGGAGAACGUCAGAAUGUGGCGUUGCGUGCCCAGCCAGGUUCUCCACUUUCCAGCUGCGGCCAUAGCAACACUGACCAACACACACACACUCUGACAUAGACAGACAGACACAGUCACACACACACACACACUUCAACAUUCUUGCACACACUCACAUCAUUGUAUUCAUUGCUCCCUACCUUUGGGAGUUGGUGUGGUACCUCUCCCUAAUCUUUUCUUGGGAGCUCAGUCUUCCUGCUCCUCACUGCUCCCCCGUGCGCAAUUUAGUGAUGCAGAGGGCCGGAAUAUGACAUCAUAUUCUGGCGCCCGGCUUCACUUCAGACGGCGUGCGCGAGGCAGCAAUGAGGAGCAAAAAGACUGAGCUCUCUCGCUGCCACCAGAGACCUCUCCCCCGGCCGGGUAAAUGAGCAGGGUAGGCACCUGCAAUGGAGGGAGAGCAGAUGCCUACUUUGCUUUAGUAAGCAUGUCAAGCUCGCGGGCCGCAGAAAUAUUCAUUGUGGGACGUGAGUUUGACAUGCUUGCUGUAGAAUAAUAAAUCUGGAAGAAUUUACUGUAGUAGCACUUUAAGGAAACCAUAGCUUGGAAAUUGAUCUGGGAAAUAGAACAUGGAGGCAAGGCUUUAAAUUUUUUUUUUUUUAAUUACCUAUUUGAAAUUAAACUUGUUUUAUAAUUGGUUGAAUCUAGCCAAUCAAAAUACAGCCAGUAUUGAAAGGUUGGUAAGGGACAAAAGAAUCAACAGAAGAGCACAAACCAGUAGAAGCCUAAAUUCUGCCAUAAAGUGAAGAGAUAUUUGAAAUACAGUAAAUGUUCUGUAUUAUAUAAAUAAUACUUCAGUUUACAUGUUGAAUACUGAAAUGUAUUGCAGUAUAAUAAAAACAAUUUUUUUCUUUCAGAUUUUAAAGAAGAGAAUUCCCCAGAAUCCAAAAUACGUGCAUGUCAAGACAAGACUGGAUACUGGUCAGUAAGUUACCAAUGUAUCUUUCCCUUAACAUACGAAAUGUGAACAUGAUGUAGAGCAACUUUAAACCACCUUUGAAUAAAAAGGCUAUUCACUAAAACGAAAAUUCAGGUUAAUUCAAAGUGAAUUUCAAAAGUAAACAUAGCUGAAUAGAAAAUGUUUCCAGUUCGAAUACUUUGCCCUUAAAUCUGAAAUUCACAUUGAAUUAUCACUAGUUAAUAACCUUGUAUAAAAUGUUUUGCCUCAACAAAAAGUGCUAAGUAGACUCCUAGUAUGACAUACAGAUGACAUUUUAUUUUUGUUGUUUAAACUAAGGUUAUGUGUACAAUGACAGGUAUGCUUUUUAAAGGAACAAUAUGGUGUUUUUAACACUAUAGAGUCAGGAAUACAUGUUUGUGUUCCUGACCCUAUAGUGUUAAAAACACCAUCUAGGUCUUGCCGUCCUAAAUAUUGUAAAAUAUUACUGUUGUGCCAGUCUGCUGGUGCUGGCCCUGCUCCUGAUCUGCCUCUUUGGCUGACAUCAUCAGAAGUGGUGAUCUCAGCCAUUCACACUGCUUUCCCAUAGGAAAGCAUUGGAUUGGCUGAGCUUGUCAAGGAGGCAGAUCAGGGGCAGAGGCAGCACAAGUUAAACACAGCCCUGGCCAAUAAGCCUCUCUUCAUAGAUAUGCAUUGAAUCAAUGCAUCUCUGUGAGGAAAGUUCAGUGUCUCCAUGCAGAGGGUGGAGACAUUGAAUGGCAGUGCUGCACACUGUGCAACUCUGCAACAGGAAUCACCUCUAGCAGCCAUCUGAGGAGUGGCCCAUGGAGUUAUCACUAGGCUGUAAUGUAAACAUUGCCUUUUCCAUGAAAAAGCAGUGUUUACUGCAAAAAGCCUGAAGGGAAUUAUUAUUUUGACUAUAGUGUCCCUUUAAGUUAUAAGCAUUGGAAAAAAUAUUAAAACUGUUGCGCGCACACAUAUCAAAAACAUGAUUCCUUGCACAGGGUAUAUAAUGUCUGUUUAAAUAGAAAUUAUUUUUAAAUGAUCAAUCUUGAGUCUGAAAAUUGUUUAGCUCCAGAAACAAUGGGCUGUCCAGAUAGUUGAUCAAACCAUCAGAGAUUUCUGCAUUGCAAAAAAUUAAUCAUCCACAAUUAAAGGACCUCUAUAGUGCCAGGAAAACAUACUCGUUUUCCUGGCACUAUAGUGCCCUGAGGGUGCCCCCACCCGGCUCUGGAAGGGGGAAAGGGGUAAAAACUUACCUUUUUCCAGCGCUGGGCGGGGAGCUCUCCUCCCCGUCGGCUGAAUGCGCACGCGCGGCAAGAGCUGCAUGCGCAUUCAGCCGGUCGCAUAGGAAAGCAUUAUCAAUGCUUUCCUAUGGACGCUGGCGUGCUCUCACUGUGAAAAUCACAGUGAGAAGCACGCAAGCGCCUCUAGCGGCUGUCAAUGAGACAGCCGCUAGAGGGAAUAGGGGAAGGCUUAACCCAUUCAUAAACAUAGCAGUUUCUCUGAAACUGCUAUGUUUAUAAAAAAAAUGGGUUAACCCUAGCUGGACCUGGCACCCAGACCACUUCAUUAAGCUGAAGUGGUCUGGGUGCCUAGAGUGGUCCUUUAAAUGGAAACAAGAUCCAUUCUAGGAAACAAAUGUGUUCUGUUUCCUUUGUGUUGGUAGAUGAAGUUGUUUUCUUUUCCCACACGCAAGUUGAUGAUGCACUAAUUAAGUUUUCACAAUAGUUUUUUGACAAAUGCACUCUGCCAUUUUCUGCUAAACUAUAACAUUGACAGUGGUUUACUCUUAGCAACGUUUAUUUUUAAAAACUGACCAUGAAGUGAUAUCUGAAGAGUGAAGUAAUUUUUGCUCAGUCAAGCACUCUUAUCAUUUAUCUUACAAUUCUGUCCUUUUGAUUAGAACGUUUCUGUCAAUGCAGGUAUUUGGCACCAAAAUAAAGCACCUCUUUUCUUCUUAAAAUGGCAACUUGAAGCCUACCCCAUUCUUUUUCUUUUGAGCCGUUAGAGAGAAGGAUUGUGUGUGCACUAAGGAGGUAACUUAGGCAGCUAUAACCUACUAUAUGUGUCUUAGUUAAAAUAAAAUGAAAUUCUAGUGUUUACUUUUUAUGUAGAUAAUGCUUAAAAUUGGCUUUAUUUUGAUUCUGUAGUUAAAGGGACACUAGUCACCAAAACAACUUUAGCUUAAUGAAGCAGUUUGGGUGUAUAUAUCAUGCCCAUGCAGUCUCUCAGCUCUGUUCUCUGCCAUGAAGGAGUUAAAUAUUUUUUGUUUAUGCAGCCCUAGCCAUACCUCCCCUGUCUGUGACACAGCCUGUGUGAAAACAAAAAUGGUUUCAUUUUUAAUCAGAUGUAACCUAUUUCAGAAGGGUUUUUUUUCUGCUCUUUUAAGUUCAUACAGGAGGCUCCUGGUGGGUCCAGAAAGCUUUUAGCAGAGCACGAGAUAAGAAGUUCUAAAUUAAACCGAAUUGGCUAAAGGAAGUUUAAACAUUAGACAAAUCUGUACAGGAAGUGUUUAGGAAGACUGUGCAAGUCACAUGCAGGGAGGUGAAACUAGGGCAGCAUAAACAACGUGAUUGUACUUCUGAAUGGCAGAGAUUUGAGCAGUGAGACUGCAGGGGCAUAAUCUAUACAUCAGAAGUGCUUUAUUAAGUUCAACAAAGAACCACAUUUUUGCCUUAUUUUUCCACUUUUUACAUGGAUUCCUUGGUGUAUGUGACUGCUGUAUACAACAGCUUUGAAACACAACUCAGGAAGAGGUGCAAAGCCAGUGAAUCAUUCAUGGACAGCUGUUUCAUUAUUGCAACUCAUCAGCAUGAGGUUGGUUACUGGCGUGCUAUGGAGGCUUGGCAUUACUUGUGAAGCACAUACCAAAAGCCAGUAACCAACCUCAUGCUGAUGCGUUGCAUUAAUGACACAGCUGUCCAUGAGUGAUUAUUAUGCACGCGCUCACUUUCUUAUUCUCUCUCUCAGCUCACAGAAUUUCGUACUUUUUAUUUUAUAAUAGCACCUGACUUAUUUUAGUUACAUUAUAUGAUCAUACGUUGCAUACGUCUGCCACAACGCCAAGGUAAACCUACCUACCUUAUAAAACCUACCUACUUUGGAAAGCAUUUUUUUCUGAGACUCUCUGCAGUGCAAGGUUAAAUAUGGCUCUGAAAUGAGGCACCUGUGACAGGGAAGGUCCAUGGUUAGUCUGUCAUAGACCCUCUAGGCUUGUAGUGGUGAGUACCUUUUAAAGAUAAAGCUAGUAGCGUGGGACUUCAUAUAUUAAUCUAUGCAUGUGUGUGUGUGUGUGUGUGUGUAUAUACUUGAUUUGAAAGGUACUUGCCUCUACAAGCCUGGAUGGUCCAGCUGGCCCUAACACCAAAGCCUGCAGCCCUCUAUCAGCACACUGGGCCAUGCAGGAGAGUGGAGACAGAAAGAGAGAGCUGAAGCCCACUCCAUUAAGCCAGCCUCCACUGCACCCCGGGAUGGUUAAAGGUAUGGAUGUAGGAGGGUGACUAAAAUAUGCAUGUUGUUUCGUGUGUGUGUCGCUGUGUUCCCUUGUGUAUAUCUGUGUGUUCACGUGUCGCAGAUGUGUCAGUAUGUGUGAAUACACGCAGUAAUGAGAAAAUGUUAGAUCUUCACCUGGCAAAGCAUUCUGGGAGUUUAACGACCAUUAAUGAAUCUACCGUUUGGUCACCUGUGCUCUAUAGGGGUCCUCCCCUCACUAGAUAGUUGUGUGAUUGGCACAUGGCUGCCCCCAGCCCUCCACUUAGUCCUACAGCUGCUCGAAUGGGGGUGCAGGGCUUCCAGGAGAAGCUCAAGCGACGCCGUCCUUGUACAGUGGUGCUGGUGGAGCUGCCGAAAGUGGACUAGGGCAGCCUGGUGGGGGGUCGCUGGCAGAAAUCUCCUUCUGACCACACUAUGACUGUCAUUGUCGCCAAUAACUGCAUGCACCAGCUGAACAGAAGCUUGUACACUGCCUGAUAUAACUGGGUAAGUGGGGGGCCAAUAAGGCUACGUACUUGAUUCCCUGUUCACAUUGGCCAUGGCCUGUUUCACUAUCAACAUUCAGUUCCUCAUCUUCUUCAGUGGUGUUCUGGACAAGCCCCUGCUGCAUGAGUGGCUGACUCGACAAUCCAUGGUCCGAUAGACCACCUAGCACAUCAUCAGCUAUAUCCACAGCGAAGGCACCUGUCCCCCCAACGUCUGGUUCGUUCCCCCGUGUUCACAGCACACUACAUCUGCCUGGCACUGCUCAGGUUUCAUAUUAAGGCAUAACCCCCAUAUAUUCCUUGUCCCCCUCCCUCCAAAUCUUGUGUGUACCAGUUGAAUGGCAUACUGCACCGUCUUGGCAUUGCUUAGGUUCCACAUCAAGGUAUGCUCCCCCAUGGGAGGCUAGUGCGCAUGUUCGGCAAAUCACGGCCCAGUGCCAAUCCGCAUUUCCUUCUUGUAUCUCCAUGGGGAGCAUUUAGCUUCUCUAUGCAUGUGCAAAAGAUUUCAGCACAGGUGUGAGCUCCUUGUGGAUAAAGCAACUGGAGCUGAAAGAUGAUGGCGGUGCUUAAGGGGGGGACUUUCUUCUGCUGUCCCCUUGUGCCAUUGUUCCCCUGAAGAUGACAGAACCAUUUUAACCAUUAUUAACCCCCACCUAUGUUCUGAUGCCAAUGCUUUGGCAGUGAAGUCAAUAUGUCAGCAUCAGGGAGGAGGAUUGCCCUGUUUAGGGAAAUGUUCACAAGUUGGUCGGAGAGGGAUGGUAACACAUACACAUAGCUCUGGAACACUGUAAAAGAGGCAAGUAUGAAUAUAACGGCAGAUAAAGCAAUUGAAUAUAUAAUUUAUCACUAUUAUAAAGUAUAUACUUACUGCCAUAGGAACUGUUAUAGCAAGUUUAACCUGGCAUGACAGGUUCACUGUAUAUGUGUCACUCUUGUUCAGUAGCAAUGACCUCAUAGUAAUAAUCACCUACAUAUAUAAAAGCACACAGUAUAUUUUGUAGCUCACUAGCAUAAUGUCUCUCUCUCCAGGUAGCAGCAUGACCAAAUAUUUGGAAAGGAUUGAAGAGAUCAAGCGAAGUAAGUGAAUUUCCAACUUCAUAACAACUCAACUUACUGCUUAAAUACACAACACUUCUGCGCUUCUUAAACUGGUAUUGGCUUAUUUAUCCAGUUUUAACUGCAGCCUUCAGUUUGAAAUUCACAUUGAAUCCCAACAAUUAUUGCAUUAACCCUGAUAGAGAGGAGGAGAAACAAAAACAGUGUUUCUGGUCUACUCCCCCCCCCGUGCAAGGUGUGCUUUGGUUGACACUUACCUGGAAGCCCGGGCUGUAUCGGUCUUCUUGCAUAAGAAAAGCGAGAUGCCAAUGUAGGCAUUUGUUUGUUGGCUGAGUGUGUCAGCUGAGUGCUUUCAGCCAGUGAAUAAGCAACUGUCUUCCCCAUCUCAAGAAGACUGGGUAAAAAAGGUGGGUUUUUUUCAGUGUGACUCAAGUAUCACACUGUGCAGAAAAACUUAUUUGCCACACACAAAUCACAUUUAUAGAACAUUUCCAAUAUGAUCCAUAUGAAGCAAUACAUUUGAAAGAACUAAUUUGUUUAUAUGUUUGAAACAAAAGGCUACGUCUACAGUUUUAAAAUAUUGAUAUAACAUUUCCAAGUACAAUAAUAUGGCCUGGCCUAUAUAAACAUUUUAUAUACCUAUGAUGAUUUGUCUACAAUAAUUAUCUUUUGUACCUCACAUCAAAGCAUGUUGUGUGUGUGUGUGUGGUUUUUUUUUUUGUUUUGUUUUGUGUUUUUUUUUCAUCUUUAAUUCUAUAUUACAUUUUUUAUAUAUAUAUAUAUAUAUAUAUGUAUAUAUGUAUGUAUGUAUAUGUAGUUGUUCGUUUGCAUUCAUACAGGGGAGAUUGAUAGAAAGCGGAGGAGACCAUAUAUUUAAAUAAAUCAUAAAAUCGGUUUUGCAAAGGGAGAAAGCUCCUAUAAUUUCCAGUAGUCGAUUAAAGGAUUGUGCCUAGAAUGAUAUCCCCUCUCCAUUACGCACUGAUAAUUAAUUUGAUUAAAAACACUUCUGGCCAAUUUAAAAUGACCUUGCUGUUUCCAGUUUCUGGCAAGACAGAUGUUAGAUGCAAGUAUGAUAUGUGUAAAUAAUUGUAGUUGGUAUUUCUCCCAUUUUUGUAAUCCUAUUUUAAAAAAGGUACAUUUGUGGGGUCAAACAAACUUAUUUUCAUAAUAAUGUAUUAAACGUUCUAUUUAAAUUUUUGUUUUAGAUCAGUUAAAUCCUCACAUUUCUGCCAUAUGUGGGUACAGAGAGCCUCAAGCUUUGUUACACCUCCAGCAGUUAUCAGAGUUCUUUUUAUCAAAUUUCUAAAGCAUGUUAGUUUUAAAUAACCUCUUUGCACACCCAUUUGGAUCUGAAGAAACCUUCAAACAUGUUUUUGAAGAGUCAAAUGUGUUAACAGCAAUUCUGAGGUCUUGCAUUGUAGUCUGUACAUUAAUAGGCAGACACACAGGAGAAAUCCAUUGUUGAAUGCAUUCCCCACAGAUGAAUCUUUUUUUCAAAAUUGAAAAUGGAAUAUAUGCAUGUCCCAAAGAGGGAGAAUCUGGGCUCCUUGAUCAAAUUAAAACUUGAAAGAAAGAGCCCAACAGGGUACGCUUACACGUUUAGUGCCUUUAGACACUUCCUUCGAGAAUCCUAUUUGCGCAAAUGGUGAGUUUAAAAAUCCUCAAGACGAUUGAAAGGAACACAAAAUCAAUUACAUAACUAAUUAUCAAUUAAAGCAGAACAGAAAGCACUUUCCCCCAUAUUCUCUCUGGGCAAAUCACUGUCAAAAUAAAAAAAUGUUUGCAAAUAAGGCUAUAGUGCAAGAAAACUAAAAAGAAAACAAAAUGGGGAAAAAGAUCUUAAGUAUGUGAUACGCUGACGGCAAACAAGUUCACAGUAUAACCAUGUGUCCACAAUAAACAUAUACUGUAUCUAAAGGGAAAAUAUGAUGCAAUUUCAAUAUACAGAACUAAAAAAAUAGAGUAACAUAUUGCAGCUUAAUGAAUUAGAAUCUAAGUUUGGAGAAAAUAAUAUAGAAAUAUAUUUGGAUUAGCUGCAAGAGCAGUAUUUGGGCAGCAUAGAGUGGGGCCUCGGCCACUGUUAGGCGUUUGGCCAAAAUGCAAUGGUGUUGACAAUACACGCCCAAUAUGCUAACCUGGAACCUGGGGGAGUUGCGCAUCCAGCAGCAAACUCUGGUUGUGCCUGGUUUAUUAGUGAAAUGCUGUACAUGCCGACUUCAGUGAUUUUUAAAGUGGUCAAGAUGCUUGAAGUGGGCUUGGUGCUUUGAUUAAAGUUUUAAUAUUGACACCUCCUAAAUUACACUGUGUACCACAUGUAUAAAUUCCCAUACAAUGUAGCCAGGUUUAUGAAUGUGAAGAUGGCGUGGUGAGCGACCAAGGCACAAGCUUCUUCCUCUUUGGGCACUACACACUAAUUUUAUUAAAAAUCUAGUGUUUGUAAAUGGGAUCCAGUUUUGAAAUAUCCUAAACAGAGAAAUAUCUGAAGUCUUGGAUCCCCUUUGAAGAAAUUGACCCAGGCCUCACAAACAGACACACAGUCAGGCAUACAAACACAGUGUAAAAGAAACAGAUGUCCAGGCACUCCGUGGUGAAUCCAGUACAGAUUUUUAAUGGACACAAAAAGGCAUUUUGACUCCAAUGAGUCUUUAUCAAGCCAUAUGACUCAUUGGAGUUGAAAAGUUGCCAUUCCCUGUUGAAUAAUGCGCAUGUGCGGCGAGUACCGCAACUGCAUUAGUCCCUCUACAUAGGAAAGCAUUUAAUUUAAAGCUUUCCUAUGGGAAUUUCUCUGACGCUGGAUGUCCUCAUGCAGAGUGUGAGGACGUCCAAGAUCAGGUGACCAAAAAUUGCCUAGCAAGCAGCAAGUGCCUCUAGUGGCUGUCUGGUAGAAAGCCACUAGAGGCAGACUUAGUGCUGCAAUGUAAAAAUGAGCUGAAGUGGUCUGGGUGCCUAACGUGCCCCUUAAGACAAUGUUUAUUAUAGAGAUGAAAACCCACUUAGGAAUUCUAUAGCCUAUUAUGAACACUAAAUUCAAUUAAGUUGUUAUGGUACCUUGGAGUACAUUGGGGGUGUCAGGCUGGAUGAAGCAAUAAUAGUGCUUAAAGUGGUCCUUUUACAUUUUUUUUUUUUUCAUUUUGACUGGAGCCUAUAAGCCCAUAAUUUUUUAGUGUUCGAACGGUUUCCAAGCUUUUCAAUGUACAUUCACAGUCAAAAGGUGCAUUUUAUAUGUCCCCAUUUAAAGAAUAUUAUAUAAAGUGCCAUUUAGAAAUACCACUGGUAUAUUUAGGGUUGUGAUAGCCUAAGUGGGAACGUUUGGCACUAGGGAGAGUAGUAUACCCCAUAUUUUACAUUUAAGAGGACUUGGAUUUAUCUGCCUUCAAGAUGGUGUGGACAAUAACUCCUUUGACAGUGGUCAGACUUCAAGUACACCGCACAAGACAACCCCUUCAUCCAGCCUGCAUUCCUCUUAAACAGAAAAUGUGGGGUAUACUGUACUGUCCAGCAUUUUUUUUUUUUUUUUGUAAAUAUAUUUUUAUUGGCAUAUUUCAUGCACACAAAGAGAAAGGCAUAGCAUUGAGACUCGCAGGUCUCCGUUGUUGUCUUACGGUGUGUUCACAUAGCAAAUGCCAGCACAUUGAGACUCGCAGGUCUCCAUUAGUUUAACCAUGUAUAUAUAACUGUGAUAGAUGACAAACAUAACAAGCAUAUCAUCUACACUCUUUCUUAUAUAUUUUGUACAGUUGCAUGUCCUGUUGGGCUCGUAUGCCCGCAAUUACGUCAGUUUCAUAAGUCCCUUAUGGAUGUUGCGUGUGUGUGUAUGUCUCCGUUGCUCGUGCCUGUUUGUGAGAGUGUCGCGGGACAGCCCGGGCCCUAUGAUCCGCCCCCCCUCCCCUCUUUGGGGUGCCCUAUUUAGUUGGGGUGGUCUCCUCGUCUAUGUGACAGGGCCUCUCUUGUCUUUUUGUGUGUUUGUCGGGCCUUCCAGUGUCGGUGAACACCCGUUGCCGGAGGUAGACCUGCCCCUGUAUGGCUGUCUUCCCCUCUCCUCUUUGGGUUUGUAGCCUCCUGCAGCUAAUUAUGUGAUGGUAGUUGUGUCAUGUCACUAAAUUCGGGGUCUGUUGUCUUCAGGAUCCAAUGUGUCCAAGUGUUAAGGUACACUUGGAAUGUAUCGUGGGCUUUGUGAUGUAGUUCCUCUAGGGAUCUCAGUUCUUCCAUUUGCGUAAACCAAACUCUCACGGGGGGGGUGACCUGUGUUUUCCAAUACUGUGGUAUGAUCAUUUUGGCCGUGUUCAGUAUGCGGAUAGUGAGUGACCUCUUAUAAGCUGUUCGAGGGGUUUUAGUGUGGUGUAAGAGCAUGACUGCUGGGUCGAAUGGGACUUGGUCGUCUGUAAACCUUGCCAAUAUUUUGUGGAUCUCAGACCAGAAUGGGGCUAUCUGCUUGCAUGCCCACCAGAUGUGUAAGAGUGUGCCCCUGCCCUCCCCACAUCUCCAGCACUGUGGGGGGUGGGAUGGAAUUCGGGCAUGUAGUGACUCAGGAGUGUGGUACCAGUGUGUCAGUAGUUUAUAUGCCGUUUCCUGUGUCUUGCUGUAGCUAGACUGUCCAGCAUUUUAACCAAUUUGGGUACAGCAGUGUGCUAUGGGGCAUUUCUGGUGCAAUUAAUUAGAAAUACCUGUUCCUGCCUAGGAGCAACCAGUUUUUGGGUCCUAGCCAUGGGUUUAUACUGACAUUAAAUUUUUUUGCAAUUAAUGCUUUACAAUAUUUAACCCAUUUGGCGAGAAAUCUAGUCUUGCAGCACAAUCAUUCCUUUAUCGUUUAAAUGUCCAAACCAUUUGCAGUGCUCUUUUUACUGGCAGUUUAAUAAAUGAUGUUUUGUUGCUGCCCAGAACUUAAUUCCCUCAGGAAACAUCAGGUUUCCCCUUUUUUUAUUUUUAUUCCCCUGUUUCAACACUAGUUGGAACACACACAAAUCUUUGUCUAUUCUCAUGUGCAGUAUAAUGUAGACAUUUCUAGGUUGAUUAGAAUGGGCACUUUUGUGCUAUUGGUAAGGAUUCCUCCUAUCAAUGUGAAAUCAAAUACUGGGUACAGUAAUUCUGUCUGCUUUGUGAACAACUAUGCGAAUAUGAUGGCUGAAAGUAUACAAAUCUGAUAAAAGUGAACAAAAGAUCUGGCUGUCCUUUGGUAUGGCAUAAUGAGAGAAUCUGGGGCUAGAUUUAGGACAUUUCAUUACACUUACUGUGCUUAGUAGCUUCCUAAGAUUCAGCUGUGCGUUAGGGCUUUUCUGCACCUUGCAUUGAGUUAUUAAACUUUAUCAAAAAAAUGUCCCAAAGCUCUGAUGAAGCUCCCUGUCAGGCAGAACCAGGUAUGUGUAAUUUAGUCUCAAGGUUCUGGAAUGUUGUUGAUUGCCAUGGUGUCUUAGAGUGGAAUGUUUAAAGCAGUUUUAAAUAACUGGCGUUGUUGUAAAGUGGGUUGGUGCAUUCAUGUAGAAAAGGGAAUAUCGCACUUUUUUUUUUUUUUACUUUUUUUUUAGGUUCUGUAUUGCUUCACAUACAUGCAAGACUGCAUGAAAUGUCAUGAACUAUUAUACUUCUGGUAUCCUGAGUUGCUUAUGUUUGAUUUUUCUAUUUUCUUCUUUUAGAUACUUGUAUGGCCCUCACCACCUCCUGUAUUUGUCAAAUGUUGUAUUGUCUCAAACGUAUUGUACCCAUGUACAGCACUGCGGAAUGUGUUCCUAAUUUAGAUAUAAAGUAUAAUAAUAAUUACAAAUAUGUAAGGCUUGUCAUUUAGUUUUGGUUUUUGCAGUUGGUUUACUUUACCAUUGUUUUUUUUUUUUCUUUUUUCAUUCAGCAGGAUAAUAAUAUAUAUUUUCCAUUGCUGCACAUUUUAUAUUCUGUUAGUCUGCUUAUAUGUCAAACAAGCAUGUCAUCCUAAUUUGGCCAUUGGUCUAAUUUGGGGUACAUUUUCUUAUUCUAUCAUAUGUAAAAUAAACAUUCAAAUUAUCAAACCUAUUAACAUGAUUUUUAUUUUUAUUUUCUUCUUGAAAUAUACCAUUCGUGUAAUUUAAAUAUGUGUUUUUCAUGAUCUGUUCUAUAUUAUAUCUCUCUUUCUUGGACUAUUGAGCACUCUCAUUUCUUACCAACGUUUUGUUUUGCAGAUUAUCGGUACAAAAAAGAUGAACUGUUCAAGAGGAUUAAGGUUACCACAUUUGCCCAGCUGGUAAUUGGCUUUUUUUUUCCUCUUCUCAAUAAGGCAGUAUCAGUUUACAGUUUUACUUUUAGUGUCAAUUUACUGUUUUGAAAAUGUCUAUCAAUAAGGUUUUUUUGUUGUUUAACUAAAUCGUGAGUUGACAAUCAAUUUACAACAAUUAGUCCAAAAUAAUUAGUGAAAUUAAAGGGAGGAAACUGAAACUGAAUUGAAACUUUCUUUUGAAUUCUGAUAUAUUUUUUUAUUUUAUUUUUUUUUAGUAUUGAAAACAAUUGUUGAUUCCAUAAAUCAAAACCAAAUGAUUUAGCAGUUCCCCUUUUGUGAUCUAGAAAAUUAUAAUAUUGAGCAUGAUUUUUUAUUAAUUAAGGUUUCUUUGCAUAUUGUGUGCAGGAAACCAAAAACAAUCUGUUUAAAUAGAUGUUAAAAGCUGCACAUUUUAGCAAAACCAUGUACUUGCAAGCAACAGUACUUGCAAGCAAAUCUCCAUGGGGGAGAUUUAUAAAGGCAAAAGUAGGUGCUGUUCUGGGGCAAAGUGCUAAAUUAAGACUAAUCACCAUGACGACUAAUAGAAUGUCUCUCAACUUUUAGGACCCCCCCAAAAAAAUAGCACGUUUUCUUUUGAUUUUCCUACGUGUCUGUUUUGGGAAUUGAGUGAGAGGGCUGGAGCAUGCACGUGUAAUGGGAGUUGGGAGUUAAUUAUGAGUUCUGUGUAUGUGAUGAGAAUGUAUUAGGAUUUCUUACAUUUAUUAGGGUUUUUCUUUUUUUCCAAUUAGUCCCACCUCUUUUUGCUUUUUAUUGUAGAUAGGCGUUAUCUCUGGUGGUCUUAUGGAUGCAGAUUACUUUUGUUCCCAUCAUGUUGCAUAAUUUACAACAGAUACCCACUGAUUCACUUCAAAGUGCUGAAGUCGCAAUGGAGCACUGACCAUGUUCUCCACCUGCUGGAGUUACAGACCCUUAUGCGCUCUCUUACGAAAGUAAUUGGCUCUGAACUGGGCCAGGCUAUCAUUUGAUUUUCAAACUGGCUCAUGAAGCUUCAUUGCACAUGAGUGAACUUGCAUCAAACCCUGGGCACAUUUUUUCCAAGGGACAAUAAGGUUUUAGACUGAAUAGUAUCCUUCCUAAUGCCUCUACUUAAAGGCUUUUGUUCCUAAGGAUCUAGGUGGAAUGAUUGCUACAGAUCCAUGUUUUAUGUGUCAUACUCUGUAAUCGUAUGGUAUUGUUUGUGGAUCCCAGAACAAGCUUGAAAAGGACCGCAAUCUCUAUGUAUUCUUCACAGCAAAGCUGUUUUUAAAUGAAUAAUGAUGGGAUAACUGUCUGCUAUACUCAGGUUCUUCAGGUUGCAUCUGUAUCUGAAGACAGUGAUGUUGCUGAAAUGACCAGAGAGGAGCUGCAGAGGAUGGAAGGUAAUGAAUAUUUGAUUGUUAAAGUAUUGUAUGUCAGCCAUCUAAUUAUGGAAACCUCUAGAGAUGUUGCAGUCAGUUGGCCGUCAUAAAGAUUUUUUUGAUUUUUUUUCCAUAGGCUCCAUUUCCCAUUUUUUAUAUCUGUGGUUUGCCAAAAAAAAAAACUCCCAGCACAAAACAAGGCUGUUCCCAUAUUCUUUCAGCAUUAUAACCACUACACUGGGCUACAAUAGUUGCUUAGACCAGUGGUUCCCAAAUUUUUUAGGUUCAAGGCACCCUUAAUAUUUCAAUAUUUUUUCCAAGGCGCCCCAAGUCAAACAAAUUUCCUAGGUUGUAUAUAUGUACAGCGCAGCGGCAUAUACUGGGCCAAUGUUUGGCAGAAAUGCUUGCUGUUCAGGCGCAGAUCCAGAACCUAAUCUCGGGAGGGGCACUGAUAGAUUUAUUUAUUUGUUUGUUUUUAUAGAAACAAUCCAGGCACAAUAACCACUACAGCACGUUGUAGUAGUUAUGGUGCCAGUAGUGCCGUAGUGCCCUCCGAGAGUAAGUAGUCAAACUGUUUAAGAACAGUUUGACAACUUACCUGGGAUCUGCCGGGACAGGGGCUGUAGUAGCGGAUAGAGGCAGUAUUAUGUGUGAAAGGUGCAAGAUCUGUGCAUUUGAGGGGUGCAGUGAGUGUACGGGGGUGCAUUGUGUUUGUGAAGGAUGUAGUGUGUUUGUGCAUGAGGUAUACAGUUUGUGUGCGUGUAGGGUGCAGGGAGUGUAUGGGGGUGCAUUGUGUUUGUGAAGGUUGUAGUGUGUGUGUGUGUGUGUGUGUGUGUGAAGGAUGUAGUGGUAUGUGGGGGGACAGGUUGUAUUAGGGGUACAGUUUGUGUGUAUGGAGGGAGCUAUUGUGUCUCUGUGGAGGUAGAAGGGUAAAUUUACAAAUAUAUAAAAAAAAAAAAAAAAAAAAUUUUUAUUAAAAAUUAUUAUUUUCAUAUCCCUGUUUACCUUUGCCUGGGAUGGGGGACAAUCCCUGGUGGUCCAUGUGGUAAGAGGAAACUCUAGCAGCUCAGGCUAGAGUUUACACUUGCGAGAUUCUGAGUGUUGCCGUGGUAACCGCGGCAAAGCUCCGAGCUCGCAAGAGUAGAACCAGGUGGAGCUGCAGGUUAGAGCUCCCCCGUAUAAUCUCUCCCUCCAUACCCUGGCGGGUGCUAGCGGACCAGAGAGGGAGAUCUCUCACCUCCCCUCCGGUCCUGCAGAGCCAGGCAUGGUUCCCAGUGCUAUUGUCAUAUGAUCGUAGCACUGGCACCCCUUUGUGCCCGUUGCGGCACACAGUUUGGGAACCACUGGCUUAGACUGAUCUUUUAAAGGAGAUAAUUGCAAAAAAUGCCCUUGUAUUUCUAAUGCAUUAUAUAUAUAAAACAGCUUACUUUUUCUGAGACUAGGACUCAAAAUAAGCUAUUACCUUAAGACAGACACCUCCUUCACAAACAAGAGGCUCUACUAAUCAGGUGCCUCUUAUUCUGGGAUAAGUAGUUUCUCAUAUCAGCAGUUCCACUUAUCAGGUGGGGAGAUAGGAGUAUAUCAUGGCUGCUUGUAGCUUAUAUACAGCUUUGUGAAUUUUGAUAAAUGGACUAUAUGCAGAAAUCUGCAGUGCAAUAGUCUAUGCAUGGCCGUGGCUCGGCUCUGGCUCUAGAGACCGCCUUGAAGUUUGGUAAGCAAUUCACUGCAAUUAUAAGUCACUCUUAGAAGCUGCAGGCACACUAUGCACCGCCAUCUUUUUGCAGUAUUGCAAAUUAGUUUUGGUGCUUCAAGAAAUCAAUUAAAGCUGUGUUUCUCAAUCUUGUACGGAGAAGUACCCCUGCAGGUCUAAAAAAAAAUCCUAAGUAUCCCCGCCUUGAGAAAGUAAUUGGUACUGAUUUUAAAUUCCAAAUAAAAAAAUGUAGACACCCAGGUCACUUAUGCCAACAGUGAAUUUGCCCCCAGUAAUACAGACAAUAAAAAUAAAUGAGAAAUAACGUUUUUUUUUUUUCUUCUAUCAAAUUUUUUUUUCCUCCUAGACAAUGACUCUGUUAUAUCCGAAGCAGAUACAGAACUUGCAACAAACAGAACUAAUGGUAAAGGAAGCCCUAACAGUGUGGCUUUAAGUCCCAUCCAGAUACUUGAUAAUGAAGGAGGAGGGGAGUCGCUGCAUUCUGCACGAUCUACUUUGCAGAGGUAAAUAAAAUACAGGUUUCUUACCUAAGCUGAAUGUGAUUCUUGGUCUUGACACCAUGCAUACUAUUACUGCAGUAUAAUAUGUUCUCAAUAUUGGCAGCUAUAGGUUUUGUUAAUUAUAUUUUGGAGGAAAUAAACAAUACAAGCGUAUGCAGGGGCGGACUGACAACUCACAGGGCCCUUGGGCUAUGAUAGACCAGUGGCCCCCUUCUGGUGCACAGUUUUUCCCCCAGUGUUUGCUGGUGACAUCAUACGCAGCAUCCCCCACAUUUGUUUUCAAUCGUACAAGUCCAUACAGGUAGCCUCCAAAUAUGUGUUUGUAGGCUAUUUGUGGGGUUCUGCUACUUGUGAUGUGUUCCUGUAUGUCAACACGUUGUGUUAGAAUUGAUGGGAGAGAUGGGUGCUGAGGUGGGUGGAGGGGGGCAUGGGGCCCAGGGGGGUGCUAAGGGAGAUGGGUGCUGAGGUGGAGUGGGGCAUGGGAGAUGAAAUAGGGGCUGGGGUGAGUGAAGGGGGAGAUGGGUGCUAAGGUAGAAGAAGGCAUGGGAGAUGAAGUGGGUGCUGGGGAGAGGGGGGCUGAGGUGAGUGAAGGGGGACAUGGGUGUUGAGGUGUGUGGAGGGGGGCAUGGGACUAAGGUGGGUGUAAAAGGUGGAAGAAGGCAUGGGAGAUGAAAUGGGUGCUGAGGUGAAGGGGGUGUGUGUGCUGAGAUGAUGGGGUCUGAGGGAGAUGGUUGCUGAGAUGGAGGGGGCAUGGGACUAAGGAAGAUGGUUGCUGAGAUGGAUGGGGCUUAGGGAGAUAGGUGCUGAGGUGGAGGGGGCAUGGGUGCUGGUGGAUAUGGGUGCUGAGGUGGAGAAGGGGCAUGGGAGAUUUACAUACCUGCAGACUCUGCCAGACUGCUCACUCUGUAGAUUCUGCAGCAGGAGAGGAGAAAGUGAUGUCACUUCCCCUGCCCUGGGCCCUGCUUCCUCCCCUCACACGGAGCUCGACGCAAACAGGAUGAAGGAGACCUGGCAAGAGCAGGAUUGCUGCCAGGUCUCAGUAGGUGAGGGGACACCGGAGGGGCAACAUAUCAUGUUAAAUUGUGCCUCUCUGGCUCGGGAGGUCUCUGAACUCCCCAGCCAGAGAGAGUAUGACUGUUCAGGCAGCUGGGCCCCUGACUGCCUCGGUCCAUGACCGAUCUGCCCGAGUGGUCAGUCCGUGAGAGAGAGAGAAUAUAUAUACAUUUUUUUUUUUUUUUUUGUUCUAUUUUUAUAAUCGCUUCUUUAGUUUUCACCUCACAUUUAAUUGUUGGUACUUUGUUAGUUUCCUAUGCUUUGGUAGUAUUAACCCCUAAAGGACCAAAGUUCUGGAAUAAAAGGGAAUCAUGACAUGUCACACAUGUCAUGUGUCCUUAUGGGGUUAAAGUGGAAGUAUCACAUACUAUUCACAUAACUGUUUUUAGAUUACUCUUAUAUGCAUCAUGUGUCCUGGCUGUGCCUGGACUGAACUGCAUUGUGAUUUAAUUUUCUAAAUGUUUAGUUAAAAUUGAAGAAAAAUAAAUAUCACAUGAUAAAGGUUAGUACAAGGUUUUAUUUAUUGAUUUUAAUUAUUUUCUCAAUCCUCCAGAGUUACCAUUUUUUCUUUUGUGUUUUUGUUUUCUUUUUCUUUUUUAAAAGUUAUAACGUUGAAAUGCAUAAACAUAUGAUACGUUUAAAAAAAAUGUGGCUGGAGAGGCGGCGCCACAGGCGUGAAAACCUGAUUUAUAAACUAUACAAACAUAUAUACAAGACACUACAUAAGAGAGAAUACAUACAAGAUAAAAAAACAAGAGUUUGAAAUAUAGAUAAUGAAUAAUAAUCAGGAGUCCAAAAAGUAGGUCGAAAAGAGUCUAUGCCUGAUAAAUACAGCAAAAAAAUCCCCCCAAAAAGCUUGUAUAAGAAGUCAAUCACAAUCUUGUCAAUGGAAGUAUUCCUCUGUAAAGUAUGGGCAUGGGAUAUUCGUGAGAUCCGUAUGAAAAAAUAAAAAGACAGCAAAUAAUGGUGCAGUAUAUACCAAAAGGAGUAGUCCCAGACGAUUGGAAGUUAGCGAAUGUUAUGCCCAUUCACAAGAAAGGUAAUAGGGAGGAGUCGGGCAACUAUAGGCCAGUAAGCCUUACUUCAGUAGUGGGGAAAGUGAUGGAAACCAUGUUAAAGGAUCGGAUUGUUGAACAUCUAAAAUCACAUGGAUUUCAAGAUCAGAGACAACAUGGGUUUACUUCAGGGAGAUCAUGCCAAACUAAUCUUAUUGAUUUUUUUGAUUGGGUAACUAAAAUUAUAGAUCAUGGUAGUGCAGUAGACAUUGCUUACCUAGAUUUCAGUGAGGCGUUUGACACUGUUGCACAUAGAAGGCUUAUCAAUAAACUGCAAUCUUUACGUUUGGAUUCCAAUAUUGUUGGAUGGGUAAGGCAAUGGCUGAGUGACAAGCAAGAGAGGGUUGUACCUCAGGGAUCUGUACUUGGACCCAUUCUUUUUAAUAUUUUUAUUAGUGAUAUUGCAGAAGGUCUUGAUUGUAAGGUAUGUCUUUUUGCUGAUGAUACUAAGAUAUGUAACAGGGUUGAUGUUCCAGGAGGGAUAAGCCAAAUGGCAAAUGAUUUAGGUAAACUAGAAAAAUGGUCAGAGUUGUGGCAACUGACAUUUAAUGUGAAUAAGUGCAAGAUAAUGCAUUUUGGAUGUAAAAACCCAAGGGCAGAGUACAGGAUAUUUGAUAGAGUACUAACCUCAACAUGAGGAAAGGGAUUUAGGUGUGAUUAUUUUUUAUGACUUAAAGGUAGGCAGACAAUGUAAUAGAGUAGCAGAAUGCUUGGUUGUAUAUGGAGAGAUAUAAGCAGUAGAAAGUGGGAAGUGCUCAUGCCAUUGUACAGAACACUGGUGAGACCUCACUUGGAGUAUUGUACGCAGUACUGAAGACCGUAUCUUCAGAAGGAUAUUGAUACCUUAUAGAGAGAGUUCAGAGAAGGGCUACUAAACUGGUUCAUGGAUUGCAAGAUAAAACUUACCAGGAAAGGUUAAAGGAUCUUAACAUGUAUAGCUUGGAGGAAAGACGAGACAUGGGGGAUAUGAUAGAGACCUUUAAAUACAUAAAGGGAAUCAACACAGUAAAGGAGGAGACUAUAUUUAAAAGAAGAAAAACUACCACAACAAGAGGUCAUAGUCUUAAAUUAGAGGGACAAAGGUUUAUAAAUUAUAUCAGGAAGUAUUACUUUACUGAGAGUGUAGUGGAUGCAUGGAAUAGCCUUCCAGCUGAGGUGGUAGAGGUUAACACAGUAAAGGAGUUUAAGCAUGCGUGGGAUAGGCAUAAGGCUAUCCUAACUAUAAGAUAAGGCCAGGGACUAAUGAAAGUAUUUAGAAAAUUGGGCAGACUAGAUUGGUCGAAUGGUUCUUAUCUGCCGUCACAUUCUAUGUUUCUAUGUAACAGGUACUAAGUACUAUUUUGUAAGAGGCCUACAUGGUCCUACUCACGUUUUCAAGCGCUAUAAGACUAGCUCUAGUGUGGAUGGCAUACAGUGGUACAAUCCCCACUUAUGGGAUAUGUGAAGUUUUGUAGUAGAUGGAUAUCUUGUUGGCAUAAGGACCAUAUGAAAUAUUAAAGUGGUUAUUGUAUAAAAGCCAGAGGUGAAAUAAUAAAAUACCAAGUGGUUACUCACAUGUUAUCGAGCAGACAGACUGCUCAAUGGAUAAAGCUUGAUUGGUAUAAUCCCCACCAAGGAUUCUUUGGAGUAAAAUUCUCACUGGAACAAUAAAAACUCUGGUGCCAGGUAAAAAUAAAUAAAACAGUAAAAUGGCUGACUCGCAAGUUGAAAGUGGCCAAAAUACCUUUAAUAAAAUACAGCAAUUAAAAUACUACAACGUAUUUCUCCCCUUAGGGCUUUCUCAAGUGGGUUGAAACAUGUACCUGACAACACUGGAUGUAUAUAGGCCUUGGAUUUUGGUGCCAAAAUGACAUCAUGGUCAUAUGACUCCCCUCUUUUUUUAAAAAAGUGUUUGUUUUUUUUAAAUUAAAGUUUAUUAUAGAACGUGUUUCUAUAAUAUAGAACAAGUGCUCCUGUCGGAACAUCAUCAAAGGUUACCAUAACCACUCAGUCUCAAAGCACUUUAUCAAAAAUGGCUUUUAUACAAUAAAUCGUUUUAUUGUUUUUUUAUAUUUCAUAUGGUCCUUAUACCAAAAGAUAUCAAUCUACUACAAAACUUCACGUAUCCCAUAAGUUUCUUGUGAUAGCACUUGAACAACAAUGUUAAAGCAUUGUAAUUGAAUCAUACCUAGCAUCUGUCAACCUUUUUAAAUAUAAGUAGUAAUGAACUAGUAUGACAUUAGUAUUCGCGUGAUAUGCUCUGAGGCAGACAGGUAACUUGUACGACAUAAUUUGCUUAAUCAGGAUGUGAUCUCGUAUAAGAUUCUCCAAUGGUAGUGACAAAAACAGAAAAAGUAUUAGGGUGGGAACAUCAGGAGGUGUGAGAGGAGGAGGAGGAGGGUGGGAGAGGUUAGGAAAGAUGGUGGGUUUUAUCCAGUGAUGUUAUUUCCAGAGAAGUGACAAAGCCCUUUAAUUGAUAUAAUAAACUAACCAAUCUAGUCCUAUAUUCUCUGACAAAUCACCUUAUUAAAGGUUAAAUAGAUGAUGCCCUUUACAGGGGCAUGCAUCACUUUGAGACAAAGCCUUAGUUUUAAUGAGGCAGUUGACUUACUCUGCAGGCUAAAAAAAGAGCAAGUAAAUGUGAUUAAUUUUUAUUUUAUUUUUUGGGGGCGUCAGAUUUACCUGCUUAUUUUCUCAUGCUUUUCACACCCACUCCAGGAAGGAACUGAUGUAGCCAACUCUAAUAAAUCAGUUUGCUAUCCCUAGGCUUGCUGGAAGGGUGCAUGGAGCAUGCCUGACAGAUUUACACAUGUGUAGUUGGAAGCUCUCUUCACCUUGUAACUUCCUGACAGAAAUGGAGUCUGAUCAUUGUGAUGCAUGCAAUGCAGGCUCGGGUGUUGGGUUUCUCUCUCCUGCUGCUGCACAAUGGUUCCCUGUUUCUGUCAUUAGUGGAUUGGGGUGAAAUUGAGAUGGACAUGGUAAGUAGGGGUGGAGGCUGAAGAGACUCCCCUAGCUGAGAGUCGUGCCCAACAAUGCCAUCUGACCAAGUUUACUGUAAGUUUAUAAACAUUUAUCACAUAGCUGGUUUUAUUUUGGUUUGUGUGUGUGUGUGUGUGUGUGUGUGUGUGUAUAAUUAAAAAAAAAUAAAAUAUAUAUAUAUAUAUAUAUAUAUUAUAAUUUGCUGGUUAUUAAAAAAAACAAAAACAAAAAAAACUUGUCUUCUUUUAAAGGAACACUCCAUACACUAUAACCUGGCACACGGUUUUGUACAGGUUUGACUUCCUACCUGGGGUUUACAAGGUGCUGCUCCCUGCUCCUCUGCAGCCAGAAGCUCUCUUCACUGAGUUAAAUUCAACUGUGCAGGGCUUAGCUCCGUGGCCGAGAGUGAUCAACUGACGCUCUCAUCCAAGGGCUCGCCCUGCAUGACUGCAGAGAGGCAUAUAUAGCAGACCUCAGGGCUUGUAUAGUUGAUGUAGUCAUACCUACGAGUUUUUUCGUUUUUUUAUUUAUUUUUUUACAAUAAAAGAGUCAGAUUUGACCAUUAGACAAAUAGUUCAUUAGAAUUGUCGUCCAUGUGUCUGAGUUAUACUAGCAGUAUGGUUACACUGUAUAAACAAACCUUUUCUGAUAAUUUGAAUACAUUGUUUAAUAUUAUUAUCUAGGCAAUUAGACUUUUUUUUUUUUUUUUUUACUUUAAGUUGCAUAGAAUAUACUCAUGUUUUUGUUUGUGACACAUUUUUUUUCUGCUUUCUUAUUUCAGCCUAAUAAGUGGUGUUGGAGAAUUAGAUCUUGGAAAUACACAAACCAAAACUCUUAAGAAAGAACCCUCACCAAGUCCACAAUCUCUGGACAAGCCAUACACCGACUGCCCAUUCCUCCUGCUUGAUGUGAGGGAUAAAGACUGUUAUGAUCAGUGCCACAUAGUUGGAGGUCAGUGCUCCAGAUGUCUUACAGCCCUGUGAAAUGCUCAUGUCUUGCUCUGUUUAUUUAACCUUAUCACACACAGGGGGUUGUUGCAGGAGAUAAAAAAAAUAAAAAUUAACCCCAUAAGAACAGAGGUAACUGUUCAAGUUCUGAACCAAAACAAAACCUAGAAUUCGAGCUAGAGGUCUGUUCAACCGUAAUUCGCCUUUAAUUUUAAGUUCACCACACUUAUUGUAUCUCAUUUUGUUCAGGAGAGAUAUGGCUUACUUUUUACAUCACAUAAUUUUAUAUGAAAAGUAAUUAAAUAUGCAUGAAAUCUAAAAAUAGUGUGAGAAAUUAAGAAAUGUUUUCUUUUAAGCCCUCCUUUUUGUAGGAUGGUAUAUAAACUCUAACUUCUGAAAAGGGUUAAACACAUUUUGCAAUAAGGGAAGCCAAUUUGAUUGUGUCCUCCUGGGAGCUCAAAUUCUUACCCUCCGCAGACAUCCCGAGCCCCACACUUUUAUAAUCUAACAUGUUUUUCAAAUGUAUGGUUAAAAUGCUUAUGUAUGUCACACCUUUAACUGGAGCCAUUGUCCCUCAUUUAUUUUUCUUUUCAGUACUUCUAAACUUGUGAUGCCACUGUUUUUUGUCUUGUCAUUGUACAUUGUUGUAGAGUAUGUUAUUUGUUGACCAUUCUUGUCUAUUCUCUCUGCAGCUCAUAGUUACCCCAUAGCAAUGCUUUCAAGGACUAUGAAUCCCUUCACACAUGACAUCUUGGAGUUUGUAUCCUUUUAUGUUUUGCUGUUUAUAGUGACAAAAGCACUAGUAGUCCUGGUUACUCUUUGUGUGGUUUAUUGAAGAUGGUUUACAGUCACUUUUGACAUUUGUUUAAUUCAAGCAAGAGUUAAAUCAUUCAGACAAAUGCUUAUUUUAACCGUGCAUGCAUGUCAUUUUACCCUUCUCCUGCCAAAUUGAUCAGGCUAGAGAAUCUCUCCGCAUGGUGAUGCAGGAGCUGACUGUUGCCAAUUGGGGUUGCCUGCACUGAACCUCAUUCAUUAGUGGAAGAUCCCUGUAGAUAGUUUUCUUUUAUGUAUUUGGUUCAUUCUAUAGAAUACUUUUCAUAAGAUAGGUUGCCAUUCUAGCAGGCACAGGAGCUGUCUGUUGAGUCAAAAGGAUCAUGCACACACUUCAAAAAGCAUACCUCCUAUACCUGUAAUCAUGGGGGUUAGACUUCUUUAACAGAAAAUAAAUUUAAAGAUCCAUAAACCAAAUAAGCAGUGACUUCGGGGAAACAAAAGUUGCAAAUGUUCUGCAGGCCUCCUUGGUUAUUAGUGAGAACAUUUCUCCCUUGCCCAUGCGCGAAACAAUAAAUAGAACUAAUUGCAACGAUUACUGGUUGAACAUAUAAGUUGCAGUACAUUUUACAAUAUACCCCAGAUUACUUUUUUGAUGAUAUACACCAUUUUAAUGAGAUAUAUAUAUAUAUAUAUAUAUAUAUAUAUAUAUAUAUAUGUAUAUAUAUAUAUAUAUAUAUGUAUAUGUAUAUUUUCUUUUAAAUUGAAACAAAAGUUAAAAUGGCUUUGUUGUCUGAGAACAUUAAAAUGAACUCUCAUUUUACCUGACUAUGCUUAACACUGCCUGACAAUCCUCCAGGGUACGUUUUGGUUCUAGACACACAGCAUAUGCUCCCACUAAACAGUGGAAUUUGAGUACAGGCUUAAAGAUAUGGUCUGCAUUGUUUAUUCCAUGUAAAUAAGUGCCAUGUAGCUGUCGCUCUGCAAAAAAUAUUUCAGAUGCAUGUUCAUUGAGUUCCUACAAAUUGCCAAAUGAAUAUAAAAGCUCAACACUUAGAAUAAAAUAUAUUAUAAAGUUUCCAAUGUUUAAUAGACUAGUGUCAUGUUUCUCUGCAUAAAACCAAAGUGUUUGUGUUUUAUAUAUGUGUACAUUGACAUGUAAAGUUAUAUUUUGUACAUAUAACAAAUGAAGAAACCUGCAAAUCAUUAAUUUCACUUGACCACAUGUAUUUAGAAAAAUGCUCAUGGUAAAAUAAUUAUCUUGUAUGAUGAAGAUGAGAGGAUGGCAAGUCAAGCAGCCACCACAAUGUGUGAGAGAGGAUUUGAGAACGUUUUCAUGCUGUCUGGAGGUAUGUUAUCUAAUUCAAUUACCUUUUUUGCAAUGGGUAAUUUAAUGUUACGGUGGUGCUCAAUAUAGAAAAUGAUGUUUUUGACCAAGAUUUCAAAAAUAGGAAAAAUUUACUCUGAGACAUGCAGUCCUAUACUUAAAUAAUUGUUGUCAAACUUGCUUGCUGUUAUUAGCAUUCUUAAAUUGUAUUGUUGAUGGACAUGGUGAACAAAUGAGAAAAUGUCAGGUCCUAAUUGACUUCAUUUAGCUGCAUAAUAGUGAAUAAACUAUAUAAACCCCAAAUCUGCAAAUAUUUCUAACUAAAUAAGUAUUCGUAGAAAUUCCUCCCCUUCUAUAUUCUCAAUUUAGCUUAACAGCUAAUACCCUUGUAUUGGAGGCAGGACAUCAGCCCACCAUUCUACUUCUGGUAUAGAAAGGUGUAAGAGUUUAGACUGCAGGAAGAAUUACAAGAUAGGGUGCUGGUGUAUACAGGGAUUUGGGCUCAAUGGCUGAUUACUGCUUUUUCAACCAACAAUUCUUGACUUAACAUUCGAUUACUCAAGCAAACCUCCUUCCAUAAUGAAAUUUUAAGUUAUGCGCUUCAAGCCAGGCCUUAAAAGUUACUCACCACUGCAAGCCAUAGUCUACUCCCCAGGGCUAACUUGUCACUCACUAAUGGCGAUUUUGUUAUUGUAAGCCCUCUUAAUGUAUUUGCAACCUUGCACCAAGCCUUCUUCCCCUUGUAGGGUCAAAAUAAUCUAUUUUUCCUUUCUUUAAUAAAUGUCCAGGCUUCUUGGUGGGGGCUCCAAGUUUUCCAAUAUAAAUGUAUUUUGUGUCAAGACAAGUAGAUUGGGCUACAACUGUAAUCCCUUGAACAGGUAGAAUUUUUAAAAACAAUCUACCCCUGGGUAUGUGAAAUGAAUAUACCAUCACAUCUACAGUAAUACAAAUAUCAUCCCAUCCUUACAAGCACGUUGUCUUGGUGUUACUUUUGAUUCUGGCCUCUGUUGUCAAAUCAUGCCAAUUCCACCUUAAAAACAUUGCCCACUUUCACCCCUUUCUUACACAAGAUGCUACUAAAAAGCUUGUCCGUGCUCUAGUAAUCUCUCGCAUGGACUAUUGUUACUCUCUGCUAAUUGGUCUUCCCAUUAGCCGUAUUGCCCUGCUACAAUCUGUAAUGAAUGCUGCAGCUGUUCUAGAUGAUUUACUGCAAACCAAUUAGUUUGAAUGACUAUCUGUUCCUGUCCAAAUUAAAGAUAAUAAAGUUGCGUGCACGCAGAAGUAAAUUCACACUGAGACACAAGGUUCAGGGUAAUGAAAGAACUUCAGAGAAGUUUAAUGGCUUCUGACAGAAAAUGGGUGCGCAGACCCUUAUAAAGGCAUUAUUACAUCAUUGAAGAAAAUCAAGAUAUAGACAAAUAGACAUUGUUAAUUGGCUUAGGUGCUAAGAUGUUAGUAAAAUGCCCUCCCCAUUCUUAGGUCACUAUCUACGUAAUUUCUUAACUCCUACAGGUUUUAGCGCCAUCUUGCUAAAAUGAGGAGCUCACUCGACGGGAGGGGCCUUUUGGCAGCUAUCCAUUUGGAGCGUAGCUGGCACUUGUUAGUUUCUCAAGGUUAAGUUUCAAGGAUUUUAGUAAAUACACAUUUUAUCAAAGCUAUUUCUUGCUGACAUGCAAAUUCUAUGUUCUAUAGACAAAGCUUCCUUGUAAAACUAUGGGGGCCUCUUAGAGGUAUAGCAAGAGGAUUUAAAGGGGCCUUACAAAUUUAUAGAGGCCUAAUAAUUCUACAACAGUCCCCCCUAAAAUGUUAUUUGCUAAAAGACAAAACUUUAUUUGUUAGUAUCAGAAGAAGUAUUAGCCCAAAGACACGGAAACCCCAUGACCGCUGACUUAGUGUUAAUGCAAAGUGCAAGUCUAUCCCUCUCUUGACCCUAACAGGCUGCAGCACAUCCGUCAGUACGGUUCAGGAACACUCUUCACUCCGCUGGUAACCCAUAGUGGCUUAUCCACUACUUCUCCGUACGGCAGUCUACCCAUAAAGACGGACGCUGUCCCUGUACUGUCCCUUCCUAGACUUUCUGCACUUCAUCAGUAUAAGGGAGAGUUUGUAGCGGAAUACAGGGUGAGAUGAGGUCUUGAUCAUCGAUUGUCAGAUGAGUGAAGGUUGGUGUUGCUUGGUCUACAGUUUUCUGCAGGAAUUUCCUUAGGCAUGGGAGGACACAACAAAUGAGAAGAGCGAGAAUAAAAAGAAAAAUUAGUAAGGCAAUACCAAUCUGGACUAAAGCUCUCUGCCAACCAGUCAUCCAACCAAACCAUUUUUCCCAGGGAUCAGUAACUCCAGAGUUUCUCUUUAACUCUUCUGAGAGUCUAUUUAAUUUAGCUAUGGCUAGAGUGACUUUACCAUUAGGACCUGUGUUUUCUGGAAUGUAAGUGCAACAAGUCAUAGUGUCGGGAAGUAUUUUACAGACUCCCCCUUUUUCGGCUAAGAUCAUGUCUAAGGCCAGUCUGUUCUGGAAGGUCAUUUGGGAUGUGGCCUGUAAUUGCUCGGCCAAGCCCUGGAGGGCAUCCCUGGUGUAGUUCACGAAGCGCUGUUGGUUGUAAUAGAUAUAAUUAAUCCAAUUAAGGUUUUUGUUGGCAGUGACUAUGGUAAAAAGUGAUUCAAAACCUACAGCUACUUCAUCUCUAGCUUUAAAUUCAUUAGGUACCCCCCUAGGCACCCCAAUGGCAUCUAUGUAAAUGUGGGGGUCAAAACUGCCUUUUACUGGGGUUUCGCGCCUUACUCUGGCUGAUGUAUGUGGAGGGUCGUAUGUGUCAUGAUGAUUAUCAGAAAUAAUAUGAAUGGGCAUGAUAACUUUGGCCAGGGUACACUCACCCCACCACUCAGUUUCCAGCCUAGAUCUUAACUGUAGAUCCCCACAUAACCAGUAAAUAUCCCCCAAUGACCUGGUAUGGUGUUGCAACAGGCGUAUAGGAACAGUUCUGUAAGUGGCGCAAUAACCUUUAGAAAAGUUACCCAUGAAUUUACCAAUCCCGUCAUACAUGGCAUAACAAGUGUGUAGACCUCUAUAGACUGUGACUCCAUCUGGUGGCUUAACAUUUUCAACUAAGAGAGGGUAUUCUGCCGUCCAUGCCAUGCAGAGGGACCUAUUAAAGUCAUAUUGGUAGGCAAAAAGGCUUAAGAAGCAAUCUUCUAUCUCUAAAGGGAGAGUUAGCGGGACGGUGCCAAGGUGGGGUCGGGCACCGCCACAUACAUAACAUGCUGUUUUAUUAUGUUUGUUAGCAUUAUACCUCAUCCAUUCUAACCACAAAUUAAUGUCAUUGAAUCCAGUUUCAGCGGCCAUGGUAUCUUCAAAAGUGGGGUUAGCGAUGGCCAUCAUAUCUUUAAAGGACUGGAUAUGUGGUUUUAGGAGGCCAACUAAGGAGAUAAUGUACCAGAGGCACAUGGUUGCAUAGAGUUAGCUUCCUCUGGGGCAGGUGUCUUCUUGCAGUGGGAAGCGUGGAUCCAGUUAGGCCUUCCGGCCAAUUUGACAGAGGUAGGGGAGAUCAGGAGAACUUGGAACGGUCCGUCAAAUCUUGGUUCCAGGGUGUGUUUUCGAAGAGAAAACUUGGGCAUGGAUUUUGUUCAAAGCAUUGGCAAGUUCAGUUACAUAGUUUACCAAAACAUCAGUAUGAAGUUGUAAUUGCUGGGGAAAAUAGCAACCUAGCCUGGGUGCUGACCCGAAUAGAAUCUCGUAAGGGGACAAUGAGGGCUUCCCUCUAGGUGUAUGUCUGACACUAAACAGGGCUAUUGGCAAGCUUUCGGGCCAGGGCAUUUUUGUUUCUUGCGACAUUUUAGCAUUCUAGUUUUCAGGGUGCCAUUCAUACGCUCCACCUUACCACUGCUUUGUGGGUGAUAAGGUGUGUGGAAGGCAAGGGUCACUCCUAGGGCGGCCCAAAUCUCUUUAGUUACUGAUGCUGUGAAAGCUGGGCCUUGGUCACUUUCAAUGACUUCUGGUAAUCCAAACCUACAUACAAUUUCUGUAAGUAGCCGUCUUGCUGUUGUUUUUGCGGUGAUGUUAACCACUGGGUAGGCUUCUGGCCAGCCUGAGAACAUGUCUACUAUUACUAGUGCAUAUUCGAAGUUGCCACUCUUUGGCAUCUGGAUGUGGUCUAUCUGAAUUCUUUGAAACGGGUACAUGGGCUUGGCCAAGUGUUUUGGAGGGACUUUAGUCAUUUUCCCCGGAUUGCACUUGGCGCAGAUGACACACGUUUUGCAGUAAUUGCUGGCUAGCGUGGCAAUUCCAGGAGCCUCAUAGUACUUCUGUACAAGGGCAAUCAUCAAAUCUUUUGAUAGGUGUGCAGGGCCAUGUGCCCACUGAACAACUGCUGGGUAUAGAUUCUUAGGAAGGCAGAAUCUGAGAUUGUUGUAAUACACUCCAUCUCUUAGAACUGCCCCUUUCUGUUUCCACUUCUGUAUUUCUUCAGGGGCAACUGUAGCCUGUUGUUCCCGCAGGAUUUUCAGGUCAGUUGGAAGAGUCUGCAGAGUAAAUAUGGGAGUCUCUUCAUUUCCGGACACUCUUCUUUCCACUUCCUGUGGUUCUCUUGCAGCUUGUUUUGCAGCUUGAUCAGCUAGAUGGUUGCCCUUUGCUUCAUCUGAGUCCAACUUCCCAUGUGCUUUUAUCUUUAAAAUAGCCACUUCUUCUGGGAGUAGGAGGGCGUCCAUCAGCUCCUUGAUUGCGGAACCGUGCUUGAUUGGUGUACCGGCGGUGGUAAGAAAUCCUCUUGUUUUCCAAAUUAAUCCGAAGUCGUGAGCCACGCCCAGUGCAUAUCUUGAAUCCGUGUAGAUAUUGGCGCGCUUUCCUUCAGAGAUCUUGCAUGCUGAAGUCAGGGCUUGCAAUUCAGCUUCUUGUGCAGACAUAGUUGAUGGUAAAGAUGAUGAUUUGACAAUUUCAUCUGUUGUGGUUACGGCAUAUCCUGUAUGGUAUCUUCCUUCUUCAUCAGCAUAUCUUGAGCCGUCCACAAACAGGGUGAGAUCGGGAUCUACCAAUGGGUCUUCAUGCACAGUUGGUAGAUGUGUUGUUUCCAUUUUCAUCUGUUCAAAACAGUCAUGAGGUGUAUCUGGGUCGUAGUCAUUCACUAUGGUUAAAUCUUGGAACUCAUUCUCCAGGAAAUGACGUGGCCAUGCUUUUAGGUGGUCAGUUGUUGGAUAUUUGACAACACCAUUUUCCUGUAGCUGUGAUUCGUCCAUAGUGGCCCAUGCUUUUGCCAUAGGCCCAAGAUCAUUCCAUGAUAUUGUUUUCAACUUGGUCACAGGGACAUGUGGAAUGGCAGUGUCCCAAUGACGGUACAAAUGCUUGAGUUCCGGAGGUAGAUGAAUCAAGACCAUACUGUUGCCUUCAGAAUCACAGUAGAAGUCUUGUGCAGUGAGUUUUACUUCAACCAGCUUAUAGAGUUCAUCUUCAUAGCAGGGUUCAGGAGUGAUGUUUGGUUUGUACCACAUGGUACAGAAGGCAUGUCUUGCUCCGUCAUGAAGGAGUGCUUGUCCAUCAUAAAAGGAUAGGUUGGGAUGCAUUUCCUUCUUGAUGGUGCCAGUGAGAAGAAAACAUAAAUUUCGUCCAUGAUGAAUCCGUAGUAUACACCCCCCUCAGGGAGUGGCAGAAGAGUGGACGGAUUGAGAACUUGACAUCUUUGGAGGGUAAUGUUGUCAGGCAACAAAAGAUGACAUUGAAGGCGAAGAUGCCUGGCAGGAGUAACAUGCUUAAGUUGGACCUGGUUGACUAUGGCAGAAAUGUCAUGAGGGGCCAAGACAACCAGGGGGUGGCCAAGGACAAGAUCUCCAGUUCUUUCAAUGAGCUCUCUGGCAGCAAAGACGGCCCGAAGGCAAGAGGGACGUCCUCUGGCCACAAUAUCCAGUUGGCAGGAGAAAAAUCCAAUAGGCCUUUGGCGGCCUCCAGGACCAUGAGCCUGAGUGAGUACUCCUGUUGCAUGGCCUUGUCUUUCAGAAACAAACAAUUUGAAGGGUUUGGUAUAGUCUGGUAGGCCAAGAGCAGGAGCAGAAGCAAUAGCACGUUUGAGAGAACAGAAGUUGUCAAGGGCUUCUGUGGACAAGCAAAAUGGGUCUGACUUGAGAGCAUCAUAAAGAGGUUGCAUAAGGAGCGAGGCUUCUGGGAUCCAUGCUCGGCAAUAGGAAAUGAGGCCUAGGAAGGCGUGUAGUGACUUCGAGGUCCUUGGAGGUGGAAUGUCCAGUACCGCUCUAACUCGGUCACGGGUAAGAUGUCUGGUUCCCUGAGACAGACAAUGGCCAAGGAAAAUAACAGUAGGUUGGCAGAAUUGCAGCUUGAGACGUGAAGCUUUACAUCCUUGUUCUGCUAGGUAGCAAAGAAGAUUAAGUGAGCAUUGUUCUGUUGUGGGUAUAUCAUCUCCACAAAGCAGCAAAUCAUCCACAUAUUGAAGCAGGACGACCUCAGGAUGGUCAGAUUGCCAUGGAUCAAGGAUAGAGCACAUGGCCUUCGCAAAUUGACUUGGUGAAUUUUGUGCCCCUUGGGGCAUGACAGUCCAUGUGUACUGUUGUUUGUCAUGUGUGAAAGCAAACAGAUAUUGGCAAGUUGGAUCCAGGGGAACACUGAAGAAGGCAUUGGCUAGAUCAAUGACAGUGAAGUACUUGGCAGAGGGUGGAACGCCGGAAAGGAGAGUGUGUGGGUUGGGCACUAUUGGAGUGUCCAAAACUGUGGCUUCAUUUACCGCUCUGAGGUCUUGGACCAAUCUGUACUUUUCUGGUUCGCCUUUUGGAGUCUUUUUCUUUACUGGAAAUAAUGGAGUAUUGCAUGGUGAUUCACAUUUGACAAGAGCACCCUUCUCCAGGAGUGCUUGAAUUUGAAUUGUAAUGGCUGCAGCUUGAGCUGGUUUCAAAGGAUACUGUGAUUUUCGUGGCAAUUUUACGCCUGGGAUGAGCUUUACCACCACAGGCGGGACCUUUAGAUGGCCUAUGUCCUCUGGGCCUGUGGACCACAGCUUCUUGGGAACAUCAGUCUUUAGUGAAUCAGGGAAAUUAGUCCUAGGUCUUUUGCAUCCCCAUGAGGCUCUUCUAGAUGUAGCAUCAGGGGUAAGGAGCACAAAGCUGAGGUGUCUGAGACAGAUAGAGGGGUGGAUAGUUCCACUUGUCCAUCUGGAGUAAAGGUGAUGGAUGCCUGCAGGCGUGAAAGAACAUCAGCUCCUAACAGGUUAAUGGGGCAUGUGGAAGAUACCACAAAGCGAGCAAGCAAGUUGUGGCAGUUACCAACCCGCAGUGGGGUGGACAGGGGACUUUGCCUUGGAAGGCCGUCCACCCCAACACAGGAGACAUCAAUAUUGGAAAGAAAUGAGGCAUCGGGCAGGUCUUGUUCUCUCAGAACACUUCGGGCUGCACCUGUGUCAACUAGGAAAGUGGUGGGCUGGCCCUCAAUGGGUAAAAUUACAGUAGCAAGAGGCCCCCCUUGUUCCCCUGAAGACACUGCCAUAACAGGGGUUAAUGACACAGGCUUGCCGGUGUCCUAGUCUUCUUGGGCUGAAUCAGGUGAAGGGGUUUCUGGGGCCUUCGUGGUAGUGGCGGACUUGGAAGUUUGCUUGCCAGCGUAUGGCCUCCGGUGUUUUAUGGGUUCAGGGCAGUCACUUCUAAAAUGGCCUUUCACCCCACAAUUAAAGCAAAUUCCAUCCUCAGGCCUAGUGCCUCUGGGAAUCGGCGGGCGUGAUACCAUAAGGGGGGUGGGAUUGGAUCUUCUUGGCACCUGUGCUGCCUCCAAACCACGGGCAACUAAAAGCAGCUUAUCAAGGGGAACCACUCUAUACUCAGGGCGGGCAGCAAUAAUACCUUUCCGUAUAGAGUCUUUGAUGCCCUGUACAAAGGCACCAGAAAGCAUUUGGGCAUGUAUUUUAUUGCUAAGUUCAAACCCUAGGUCAGAGAAUACUUGAAAGAGCCUAGCGUGAAACCUCUCUACGGAUUCACCUUUUUCCUGGACAAUAUCAUUAAGUCCGGCUGCCUGAUCAGCAAGUUUAUCUUUGGCCCAAGCUUUUAGCUGAUCACAGAACUCAAGUCCGGACGUAUAAUCGGUAUCACUUGACAACCAAUUAGUGCAUAGGUGGCGAGCAAUGCUAGGCCAGUAGGCAUCUCCAGCCUUAAUGGCACAGAGGCUCAGCAAAUCACGCCAUGCGGCGGAAUAGGUCUGUUGAAUCUGGACCACUGCUCUGUAAAAGGGCAUAGGUUGCUUUUCUGGGUCAGGGAGUGACUUCAUCAGGGCACUGGCCUGUGUUGGGUUAAAGGUAACAUACAUUACCGGGGCUUUGUCCCCUUGAACCCUGCGACCAAAGGGAUCAUUAAGAGAACGUCGCGGAGGUUGGGGCGAAAUCUCCCUGGAGUCUGGUGGGGACUGGUAACCAUGGGAGCUUACCGUGUCAAAUUCAUCUGCAUGUGCUAUCCGGACUCCCGGGGAGGGAACUACCUGUGGUGACAGGGCCGGGGGUAGAAGGGGCACUCCACCAGCCGGGGCUGCUGGUGAGCUAUGGGGUGGAGGUAGCAGAUCAUUCGGAAGAACGGGCAUAAGAGGGGCUAUGUUACUGGGGGACGCCAUAUUGGAGGCGUGGAAGGAAGUUGCGUUCGGGUUAAGUGAGGAAGUGGCGGCCAUAUUGGAUGUGGGCAAAGUGUGGGCAGGUGUAAUCGGGGUCGGCUGUGUGAAUAUGGGAGGUACGGGAUAGGCGGGCUGGGGAGGCGGAAGUGUGGAAUAGGCAUAGGCUAAGGGCCAAGGCAUUUGGGCGGGCGGAUAGGCAGAAUAGGCGUAGGGCGGUGGCGGUGGGUAGGGAUUAGGGAGAGGAUGUGACGGGGAGGGGGAGGGACUGGGAGUGGGUGGAGUAGGAGGAGCCGGAGGAGUGGGAGGAGGAUAGGGUGGAGUAGGAGGAGCUGGAGGAGUGGGAGGAGGAUAGGGUGGAGUAGGAGGAACUGGAGGAGUGGGAGGAGGAUAGGGUGGAGUAGGAGGAGCUGGAGGAGUGGGAGGAGGAUAGGGUGGAGUAGGAGGAGCUGGAGGAGUGGGAGGAGGAUAGGGUGGAGUAGGAGGGUCUGAGAAUACGGAAGAAGGAAGUAAGGGAGUAGUAGGAGGAGGAGAAAAUGGAGAGGGUGGGUCGGUAGGAGGGGAGGAGGAAGAUGAAUAGGCAGGUGGGACGGCAGGAGAGGACGGGCGGGAGGAGGGCAUGCUGGAGGGGUGCAAUGGACUGGAGGAAGAUGGGCGUGGUAAAGGAAGGGAUGAGGAUGAUGGGAGUUGGGAAAUCGAUGGAGGGGAAAAUACAGAUCCAUCGGCAUUCAGGACAGGGCAAACAGGGGUAGUGUCAGGGAAAGGGGUGGCCACCUCAUGUGUGCCAUAACUAGGCGCGUGCUGGGGAGAAUUUCCAGUGACAAAAUUCUUAUGAUACACAAACAUUUUCACACCCUUGUAAUCAACCUCUUGUUCAAUCCAUCCCUCUUGCUGGAUGGCUUUGGCUACUCUGUACCAGGCUUCCGCUGUGCGGACUAAAUCAUUGUCCAUUAACUUGCCUUUCUUCUCUGUCAGUAUCUUACGCCAGCUUUCUGGCUGCAAUCUACCACACGGGGGUACCGUGAUGCCACAUACUUUAGCAAUCUUAUCAACCUUCUUAACCAUCUCUUCACCUUCCCUAUCUUCUACCAAGUCUCGUGCUAGCCAACCCUUAUCGGGUUUUCCCAGUUUCUGUCCCAUAUUCCCUAUACAAGGCGUCCCAGAUAUAGAGAGAGAAAGGAACAGAAUGUCUACCGUGCUCGACUGCUACUUUAAGAGCAAGCUCUUUAAGUACGUCUUCCCAAAACGUAGACUAGUCACUGAUUCCGCCUACCCGUGGUAGCCGCGGAUUGGAGCGUGGCGAGAAGUGUGUGACCAAUCACUUCUCUCAACAGAGAAAGAGAAAUAGGAGGGGAAAGUGAAAAUAGUACAGUGAGUAAGAUAAAAGUAAACACAGGAAUCUGUGUGACAGACAAAUAAGUCAAUAACAUUUCAGUGUAAAUACAGUGCAUGCAUCACAGUUCAAAUAAGUUCAACAGUGUUAUCCCUUGCCUUUACUCGUGUGGCCAAAAGCCACCUCCCUCAACCUCGUAGUGUCCCUGUUGCGGACCCACCCGCAAGUCUCACUACCAGCAGCCACAGGAAACAGCAACAGCUUCCAACCCGAAUCCUGUAUAGCCUAAAGAAUUGGAAUCUUACCUGUCUCAGCGCUUGAGACUGGAAUUUUACCAAGAAGAAGUGUCUGAUGAGGCUAGCUAAGCGGUCAAAAUGACACUCUGGGGAUCCCCAGGAAGCAGUGAGUCUACUGCCCUCCACAGAUCCCCCCUACUCUUUUUCCUUACAGCCACAGCCACGUGGCUCCUAAAAGAGUUAAACAGGCAAUAGAGGACCCCCAGGAAAACUUCCACAGGUCCACCCCCCUUUUUCCUUACUACCACAGGCAUGUGGUACCUAAAAGGGGUUAAACAGGCACUUACACUCCCCGGGUACUAAGUUAAACACAUACCAAUACAAACACACCCAGGCAACAGAUAGUCAACAUGCAGGUAAACUAGGUAUCAUUAACAAUACAAAGACUCUGGGCAAGUUAUUACCUGACUUUGAUGUCCUCUCGGCAGCAGUCACAGACACUGGGACAGGUCAAUCACAGGGGCAGGAACAUACCGGCUAGGUGCUGCAGCAAUCUCUACCGUGUAUUCAGAGGUGAUCAGGCUCUUUUCCUUCCCCCAGGAUUCAGCCCCCCCAGCGUCUUCUUGGACAGCUGCCCAGACUGGACAUAGCCCAGAGCCCCACGUUGGGCGCCAAUUGUUCUAGAUGAUUUACUGCAAACCAAUUAGUUUGAAUGACUAUCUGUUCCUGUCCAAAUUAAAGAUAAUAAAGUUGCGUGCACGCUGAAGUAAAUUCACACUGAGACACAAGGUUCAGGGUAAUGAAAGAACUUCAGAGAAGUUUAAUGGCUUCUGACAGAAAAUGGGUGCGCAGACCCUUAUAAAGGCAUUAUUACAUCAUUGAAGAAAAUCAAGAUAUAGACAAAUAGACAUUGUUAAUUGGCUUAGGUGCUAAGAUGUUAGUAAAAUGCCCUCCCCAUUCUUAGGUCACUAUCUACGUAAUUUCUUAACUCCUACAGGUUUUAGCGCCAUCUUGCUAAAAUGAGGAGCUCACUCGACGGGAGGGGCCUUUUGGCAGCUAUCCAUUUGGAGCGUAGCUGGCACUUGUUAGUUUCUCAAGGUUAAGUUUCAAGGAUUUUAGUAAAUACACAUUUUAUCAAAGCUAUUUCUUGCUGACAUGCAAAUUCUAUGUUCUAUAGACAAAGCUUCCUUGUAAAACUAUGGGGGCCUCUUAGAGGUAUAGCAAGAGGAUUUAAAGGGGCCUUACAAAUUUAUAGAGGCCUAAUAAUUCUACAACACAGCCAGACUGAUUUCCCUCUCUAGUCAGUUCUCUCACACUUCACCCCUAUGUCAUCCCUUACAUUGGCUUCCUGUAUACUAUAGGAGACAGGCUGUGGUGUUGUGGCCACAGGCUCAGGCACUGAGUGUAGUGGUGUUGUGGCCACAGGCUCAGGCACUGAGGGUAGUGGUGUUGUGGCCACAGGCUCAGGCACUGUGGGUAGUGGUGUUGUGGCCACAGGCUCAGCCACGGAGGGUAGUGGUGUUGUGGCCACAGGCUCAGGCACUGAGGGUAGUGGUGUUGUGGCCACAGGCUCAGCCACGGAUGGUAGUGGUGUUGUGGCCACAGGCUCAGCCACGGGGGGUAGUGGUGUUGUGGCCACAGGCUCAGCCACGGGGGGUAGUGGUGUUGUGGCCACAGGCUCAGCCACGGGGGGUAGUGGUGUUGUGGCCACAGGCUCACGCACGGGGGGUAGUGGUGUUGUGGCCACAGGCUCAGGCACGGGGGGUAGUGGUGUUGUGGCCACAGGCUCAGGCACGGGGGGUAGUGGUGUUGUGGCCACAGGCUCAGGCACGGGGGGUAGUGGUGUUGUGGAGACAGGCUUGGAGACCUUGGUGAGGCCUAAUAGAAAGCAGUUGUUGUUGGGGGAUUCUAUCAUAACAGGUGUGGAGAUGGACAAUGGUGGUCUUGUGAGAUGUCUUCCCGGAGCUACUGCUCACAGAGACAGGAGACGUAUUUGUAAUAUUGUUAAGCGAGCAAAGCAGGAAGGGGAAUUGGAUGUACUUGUCCAUCUAGGGACAAACAACACUGUUGCACAUAGAAGGCUUAUCAAUAAACUGCAAUCUUUAAGUUUGGAUUCCAAUAUUGUUAAAUGGGUAAGGCAGUGGCUGAGUGACAGAGGGUUGUAGUCAAUGGAGUAUUUUCAAAGCAUGUUCUUGUCACCGGUGGGGUACCUCAGGGAUCUGCACUUGGACCCAUUCUCUUUAAUGUUUUUACUAGUGAUAUUGCAGAAGGUCUUGGUGGUAAGGUAUGUGUUUUUGCUGAUGAUACGAAGAUAUAUAACCGGGUUGAUGUUCCAGGAGGGAUAAGCCAAAUGGCAAAUGAUUUAGGUAAACUAGAAAAAUAGAGUUGUGGCAACUGACAUUUAAUGUGGAUAAGUGCAAGAUAAUGCAUCUUGGACAUAAAAACCCAAGGGCAGAAUACAGAAUAUUUGAUAGAGUCCUAACCUCAACAUCUGAGGAAAGGGAUUUAGGGGUUAUUAUUUCAAAUGACUUAAAGGUAUGCAGACAAUGUAAUAGAGCAGCAGGAAAUGCUAGCAGAAUGCUUGGUUGUAAAGGGAGAGGUAUUAGCAGUAGAAAGAGGGAUGUACUCAUGCCAUUGUACAGAACACUGGUGAGACCUCAUUUGGAGUAUUGUACGCAGUACUGGAGACCGUAUCUCCAGAAGGAUAUGGAUACUUUAGAGAGAGUUCAGAGAAGGGCUACUAAACUGGUUCAUGGAUUGCAGGAUAAAACUUACAAGGAAAGGUUAAAGGAACUUAACAUGUAUAGCUUUGAGGAAGGACGAGACAAGGGGGAUAUGAUAGAAACCUUUAAAUACAUAAAAGGAAUCAACACCGUAAAGGAGGAGACUAUAUUUAAAAGAAGAAAAACUACCACAACAAGAGGUCUUAAAUUAGAGGGGCAAAGGUUUAAAAAUAAUAUCUGGGAGUAUUUCUUUACAGAGAGGGUAGUGGAUGUAUGGAAUAGGCUUCCAGCUGAAGUGGUAAAGGGUUAACACAGUAAAGGAGCUUAAGCAUGUGUGGGAUAUGCAUAAGGCUAUCCUAACUAUAAGAUAAGGCCAGGGACUAAUGAAAGUAUUUUAAAAAAUUGGGCAGACUAGAUGGGCUGACUGGUUCUUAUCUGCUGUCACAUUCUAUGUUUCUAAUUCAAAGUGCUAACCCAUACCUAUAAAGCACUGAACAAUUUUAGCCCCUCUAUCUCCUCACAGAUCCAUAGGUAUGCCCCUUCUCCCCUCCUGUCCGUUGCUCGCACCCAUACAGCCAACUCGCGCUUGCAGGGCUUUUCGUGGGUGGUUACCUUCCUAUGGAAUAGCCUGCCAACCGCCAUCAGACUCUCCCAUAGUCUUCAAUCCUUUAAGAAGUACCUUAAAACCCAUUUCUUUAGGAAAGCUUAUGGCCUCCCAGACUAACCACUACCUUACAUACAUGAGCAGCACUCUACUCUCUCCUCCAGCUCUGCUUCACUCCCACCUUAUUUGAUUGCUAUCUCCUGUCCUAAUGUGUUUUAUGCCCCACCUCCUAUAGACUGUAAGCUCGUUUGAGCAGGGCCCUCUUCAACCUAUCGUUCCUGUAGAUUUUCUUGUAAUUGUCCUAUUUAUAGUUAAAUCCCCCCUCUCAUAAUUUUGUAAAGCGCUACGGAAUCUGUUGGUCUAUAUAAAUGGCGAUAAUAAUCAUUACUGAAACUUGUGUGGGAAUAGAAAAGAAGGAUGGUGUAUAUAUUGAAAUUGGAAAAAAAAUGCAUGUUUUCAUUUUGCACAUAACUACUAAACAGUGAUCUUAUUUAUUUUUAUUUAGGCAGUGGAGGGUCCCUUUAAACGUUUUAUAAUAUUGCAUUGGUAUUUUAACUAGUAGGAUGAAAUGCAUUUGUUGCUUGAAUACCAAGAACACAUUUUAAUAGUCUGGCUGCUUUAUACAGGUUUAAAAGUCAUUGCACAAAAAUUCCCCGAAGGUCUUACAACUGGUACAUUCCCUGUUACGUGCCUGCCACAGUCUACACAGCCAAAGUCUGGUCGCAAGAGAGUCAUUCCAAAAGAAGUCUUUAUACCUGCUGAGAACAAAUGGAGAUUUUCUACCGAAGAACUGGAAAUGAUAGAGCAGCAUCUUGAGAAAACAUUCACGUCGAUUGACUCUGCCAGUAAGUGCUAUCAAUAUCUAUAUGUGUAUAAAGUGGAGGGGGAGAAAGAAACCUAGUAUCCCUCACAUGAGUUGCCCCAGUGGUGUCAUGACAUGGGAUCUUUGAUACAUAUUUGAUGGCUGUGUCCAGUGCUGGUCACACUUUGAGACAAUAUCAAAGGUACAGCCUGGUACACAUGUGCAUAACCUAAGGACUGACUAACGAGAACACUCAUAAAGCUGGUUGUUCUGCUUUCCUUCACAACAACUACAGCACAUGCCAUUGUAGAUGCUGUGAUUUUUAUUUAAACUGAUAUAGUGCCAGGAAAACAGUUGUUUCUGUCACUAUAGCUCCCUAUAGUGCCCACCUGCCGUUCCCCCCCUGCCUUCCCACCCGACCCCAAAGAUUUGUACAAUAAAGGUUGAAUGCUAUCUCUCGGUGGAAUGCCACAGUAUUUCUAUCCAUAAAGUGUAUUUACUAGAACUAAAGUCACCUACCGAUUGAAGCGACAUAUUAGCUGAUAAAUAAAACAUCCAAAGAAACUUAUGAAAGGUGAUUCAAAUUUAGUCCAAUUCAAUGUCUCAUACUAAUCAAUAUAAGGUCAAUAAAGUCCAAAAAAUAGUGCAUAACGACCACUAUAUCUCUGUUUUCAGGCAGAUCCAGCCGUUUAUCAACUGCAAGACUGGAAUCCAAAAUGGCCAGCUCAAGAAACAGCCAUUUACCCUCAUCUGCCAGCUCGAUCAGCUCCCGAACCAUGCGCAGCAGCAGUCCUCAUACUAAGCCAUGGAAAUAAAGUGCUUAUUUAACCACAACAUUAAACCAUCCACAUCUGCUUUGUUGCAUAGAGCAGUUUUUCUCGCUCCAGCAGUAUUGUUAGACUAGACAAUUGUGGGAGAGUAAAACAUCAUGAGAACAAGUAGAACAUUGUUUACAGAACGUUUAUAAUGCUGGGUUUUUGUGCUAGUUUCUGUGUAUAGAAGGUGAGGUGUUCCCUACUUGAUUUUGUGUUUUAGUAUUUCUAGUGGAAUUGUCUGCCGAGCCAGAUAGGGAUAGCCAGUAAACGCCGUACUGCUGCAAGAAUAAUAUAAACCCUUAUAUAAACACCACUACACUUAAGUUGUUCUGAUGCAAUUUUCUAUCAACACCUUUCAUUUUGGGCCUUAUUUAGAUACAUACUGGCUGCAAUAUAUGUGCUUUCUUUCAACACCCACUUUUAAUUCAGAUCUUUGUGGUUUUUAUUUGAUGCACUAUUGAAAAGACAAUUUUAUUGUAUACAUAAUUUCAUAUAGACUUAAAAAGUGGCCUUUAAAACAUUUUUUUUUUCCCUGCGAUAAAAGCAUUUGUCCCAUUAUUUUUAUUGGGUACAAGGUCAAUUUCUUAAAGCAUAGGUGUGUAAGUAAUUUAUUAUGUUUUUUUUUUUAGAUGAGCAAUAAAAAAAAUGUAUUUUUAAAGUGCCCUUUUUAAAUGAUAGGCAUUUAAAAGGGCACCCUAACAUUGGCUUCCCAUUAAAAGGAAAGUCUACAAAAUGUAUAUUUUUUAAUGAAUUUGAACAAUACAGUUCAAUUGGAAACUUUUUUGGCGAAAUUUAGUAACUGCAGAUAUGUGAAUUGGCUAAAUUCCUACUUUUUAUGAGCUGUAAAACAUUGCUUUUGCAGCUAACCCGAUGUGCCUCCUCUUUGCCCAGUACCUACAUUCAUGUUCGUGCUGGGUAGUGUCCAAUCAGAUGCUUCUCAUAGGGUUACCUUGUGGACACGGAAAGUAUAAUAUAACAUCUUAUGAACACAUACUCAAAUAAGUUCAGUGACUGCACCCCAAAAUAUUUAAACAUACAUGAAAACUAAUAAAAAUAAGUGUGUAUAUAUGAUUCAUAUAAUGUGAGCAAGGAUCCUUAAGACUCUACUUUGAUUAACUGAUAUUCUUGCUGCUGCAUGAACUCUUGUAAGUUUCCAGGAAAAUUUGGUGGAUCUGGCAAUCUUAGUAACGAAUGUCUGUGCAGAUAUUUUAAAUGUAUUCUGUAUAUAAAAUAUGGGUCAACAUCAGUCUGGAAUGCCCAUUUAGCUGUUAUAACUUCAUUUUGAUACAGAAGAUAACCACUCCAGUAAUAACACACUACAAAUCAUGUAUUUCCUCUUUCUUUAUAGCCGCUCUGCCACCUUCUGGGGUUUUUUUGGGGGGGGAGGAGGGGGUGGGGGUGCAUAUUUUGCAAAAAACACAGAUGGUGUCAUCAUAACUUGCAGUGGCCUGUGGUGCAAGGAAAUGUAGGUUUUACUUAACUGAACCUGUUCUUUGCACCCAUUUUUGUCUUGUGUAGGAAAAAUACAUAAGACAAAGUAGUUCAGUAAUAUUCCUACAUAGUCAUUAUUAGCAUUUCAUUAAUAUAUUCUUUUUAUGAAAUGCUUUUUUUUUUUUGGGGGGGGGGGAAGCAGGGGGAGUUGACAGAACCGUUUUAAUAGUUGUGCAUACUUUGCCACUUGGGUUUUCUGAGCUACAUAGAAAAAUUGCUUCAAAGUCCUCGCAUUCCUUCAUGUCAGCAUCUUCCCUGUUUGGUAUUAAAGGACCACUAUAGUGCCAGGAAAACAUACUCGUUUUCCUGGCACUAUAGUGCCCUGAGGGUGCCCCCACCCUCAGGGACCCCCCCCGCCCGGGCUAGAAAGGGGGAAAGGGUUUUACCUUUUUUCAGCUGGGGGGGAGCUCUCUCCCCCUCUCCUCCCCGUUCCCCUCCUGGCUGAAUGCGCACGCGUGGCAAAGCUGCGCGCGCAUUCCCCGUCGCAGGAAAGCAUUUACAAUGCUUUCCUAUGGACGCUUGCGUGCUCUCACUGUGAAAAUCACAGUGAGAAGCACGCAAGCGCCUCUAGUGGCUGUCAAUGAGACAGCCACUAGAGGAUUAGGGGGAAGGCUUAACCCAUUCAUAAUUAUAGCAGUUUCUCUGAAACUGCUAUAAUUAUGAAAAAAUGGGUUAACCCUAGAAGGACCUGGCACCCAGACCACUUCAUUAAGCUGAAGUGGUCUGGGUGCCUAGAGUGGUCCUUUAAUGACUAAUCUUGGCAUUCCACAUGUUUGAACUAUAUUUCUCAUGAGUGGGGCUAGGGGAGCAGUUUUCUUCACAAACCUGUCAUUAUUCACCAUUAUGUUGGCAAAACAGCAUUCGUGUGAGGACUGAAUGAGACUUUUGAGCUAGUUCUUAUAAACUUAGAAAUAGAAUGCACUUUAUUUGGGCCUGUUGGCUUUCAGGUAAAAUGUAGAUUACAGUUUUUGUUUUUGUGUUCUAGGAUGUCGUUUGGUUUUGUUAUUGUUAUGUUUGUCACCUUUAUUCCCCCUCACUCCCUCAUCAAUGCUUUAUUACCAUGAUUAUUUAUAUUGUAAAAAAAUAUAUAUAUAUAUUUUUUUUCCUCUAGCGUGUAACUGUUACAAGAUUCAGGAUUCUUCUGACUCCUGUUUUGUUUUUUUGUUUUCAUACCUUCAUUAAGUUGAAGUAAUAAAACAAAGAUAAAAUAUUAGCAAUGCACCCAAUGUCCAUGUAAACGUAAGUGGGUGGAUAAAUUAAUACACACUGGGUAACGAGUAUUAUAUUAGAGAUCUGUAUCUGCGGACUACUCUUCCUCGAUGAGCCAUUUAGACUUAAGCUACAUCUACCGUCUUCACAAACGCCAGACCACUUUGGUCAUUGCAUGUGUGAAUAUCAGGCAGGCCUCUUUACUAAACCAGGAAUUGUGUAAAAUUGACUAUUGAAUUACUGAUCAUGCUAUGUUUCCAGUUUGUCGAUAUUAUCCUAAAAUAUAACAUUCUCUAUAAUGUUCCUGACAUUUCGGUUUAACCCCUUAAGGACCAAACUUCUGAAAUAAAAGGUAAUCAUGACAUGUCACACAUGUCAUGUGUCCUUAAGGGGUUAAUGAAAACCAUUUCCUUAAUGCAGUGUCUCUGAUGUUUAGAAUAUUCUGCGUAUAAGGGAGGAUUUUGUUAUGUGCUGUAUAUUUAAAAAAAAUAAAAUCAAGAGACAAAAAGAGCUGUGUCUGAAAUUGAAUGAAACCAAAAGGGCAUUGAAAAAAGGGUAGCAACAACGUGUGCAAUUGCUAAUUUGAAGGUAGGUUUUUAUUAGCUAAAGGGAAGCCUAACAAAUACAUGUAUGUGAAGUGUGAAAAACAAAAAAAAUUAGAAAUCUACAUCACUGUAUCCUCUAAGCUCUUAUGUUUAAAAGAAAAGUGAUAAUCACACAUAAGGUUACCACGGGUUACAGUUGUGUUUUUUUUUUUUAUGUUUUAUUCAAUGGAAUAUUUUAACAUUUAAAGGAGGUACUGGUGAUUCUCUGUAAAGGGACACCCUAGGCGUCAUAUUAAUGCUAUAUUUUCCACUCUGUUCCCAUAUUUUUGGUAAAAAUAAAAAAUGUGUAUAUAUUAUACAUAUACAGUCGAACCUCAGUACUCAAACGAUCCCUUUCUCUAACAAUUCAGAAGUCGAACACAAAUUUCAACUAAAAAAAAGUCUCCGUGCACGAACAAUCCUCGGUACCCGAACAAAUCAUGCCACAAACAUGUUCAAUUAGAUACUAGAGUUGCGCAAACCCGAACAUCACGAUUUUUUGACCCCGAACACAAACCUGGACAUUUCAGUAACAGUUCGGGUUAGAGUUCGGUGUUCAGCGAUUUAAUGGCGUGUUUUGAAAAGCUGCACGGCAGCCAAUCAACAAGCGUUUGACUCGUGUGCCCUUAAAAGCCAUCAUAGUCAUGCCUACUAAUGGCAUGGCUGUGAUUGGCCAGUGCAGCAUGUGACCCAGCCUCUAUAUAAGCUGGAGUCACGUAGCACCGCACGUCACAUGAGCUCUUAUUAGUGUAGGGAGAGGGUGCUGCAUCUGUGAGGGACAGAUUAGGAAAGAAUUCUGGUGUUGAAUCUGCAAACUACAGCGAUUAUUUUUGUGGGUGCUAUACUACAUUUUUGUGCCCUGCCCUGAGCCCAGUGCCACAGAGAAAUAAGCAAUCACAUUUUUUUGGUGCUAAAAAGUAAAUUUGGGGCAUGCAAUUCAUAUCUGAGAGUCAAAUAGAACUGUCAAAUACUGUGGUUACAUCGCACUUUGAAAAAUUCUGAUUUUUUUUUUUUAAUGCUAAAUAGUACAUUUGCGGCCUGCGGUGCAUUUCUUGCAGUCCAAUAAAACCGUUAAAUACUACCGUUACAUUGUUGUUUGACAAAUUCACAUUUGAGACAGUGAAGUAACUGUAUUAAUUACGUCUGUCACACUGUUGUGUGAACUCUAGAAAUUCUCUCUCUUUAGGACACCGGCACUGCCUUACUGUCAGUGAACUUAAUUGUUGACUAUUGGCGGUUACAUUGUCGCCUGACAUAAACCAUCUGUUAGUUUGGUGGGUGAACGCAAAGAAUGAGGAGAGUGUCAAAUAAGGGAUGUGGUGCUGCUGGUGUUGAUGAAGCUACUCUUGCACGGAGAGCACAUGAUCGAUCUGUGCCAGCUACAGACUCUGCUGGUGGGGUUUCCGUGGGCCAUCCACCCAGCCCUGCUCCAGAAGUGGAAGAGAUUGAGUACAGUGAUGCACAACCACUUAUGUGCCAGGAUGUGGACAUGCAAGGACCACCGCAGCACAACUCUGAUGACGAAACACAGGUGCCAAGUGCUGUGGCUUUCUGCAGUGUGCAGACCGGCAAGGAGGGCAGGGUUGAGAUGAUGUGGAGGAUAAUGAGGUCCUAGACCCCACAUGGAAUUAAGGUCAUGCGAGUGAUGUGUGCAGUUUGGAGGAAGAGGCGGUGGUCGCACAGAGGCACCAGCACAGCAUAAGAGGGAGCAGGGUGCAAAAACUGAGCGGCCGUCCCAUAGACCGUACGCCUGCUACUGCCCAUUGCACCUGCGGACCGAGCACGCCAAAGCCAGCUCCAAGGAGUUCCCUGGCGUGGCAGUUCUUCAGACAAUGUGCUGACAACAAGACACGAGUGGUUUGCAUGCUGUGCAAUCAGAGCCUGAAGCGAGGCAUAAACGUUCCAAACCUGAGCACAACCUGCAUGACCAGGCAUCUACAUGCAAAGCACAAGCUGCAGUGGAGUAAGCACCUCAAAAACCAAGAAAGCUCUCCUCCUGCUUCCUCUUCCUCCACCUCUGGAGUGACAGUGGCACAUGCCACCCCGCAAACAGAAGAUGUGGCAGCAACGCCACCAUGUCUGCCACCAUCCCCAAGCAUCUCCACACUGUCUCACGGAAACGUUCAGCUGUCUAUCUCCCAAACACUGGAGAGAAAGAGGAAGUACCCACCCGCGAUCCCUGUCCCUGAAUGCCAGCAUUUAAAAAUUCCUGGCCUUUUAAAUGAUGUCAUUCCGUCUGAUGGAGCUGGGCAGUUUUAAAAACCCGAUGGCGGUGGCUCUCCCACAGUACGUGGUUCCUAGCCGCCACUACUUUUCCAGGCGAGCCAUCCCUUCCCUGCACAACAACUUUACUAUCAAUGUAACUACACUGAGGAUUGUAUAUGGAGGUAAUUGAAUUUAUGUUUAAUUAAUUGAUUGUUUAAUUGAUGUAACCUUGUUAAUUGUAAAUCACUUGUAUUCCUAUAAAAAUGAAUGUACACAUACACUUAGUAGCUUGACAAAGACUGUGUAGUUCGAAAAGUUGUGAUGGAGUGGCUUCAAUAAAAUUGCCUGGUUUGUACCUUGGAGAGCCUGGACCUCUCUUCUAUUUGUUACUUAGUAUUUGGUCUCUGGUACUGGGACUGCCCUAGUUGCACCCAGCUACAUACUACUUGGGACAGAGUGCAGUUCCACACCCUACUACAAUAACUAUACUUCUUGUCAUGAUUUGGCUGUGAUGCUUUUAUUGUACUGCACUGUCCUUCAUAAUGCUGAAAAACUUCAAUAAAAACUAUUAAUGGAAAAAAACAUUUUGAACCACAUAACCUAUGUAAAUUGGUGAAAAAAAAAUCACAUUGGGUAAAUGUAAAUUAGCAUGUAAUGAGUGCAUUAAAACAAUCACAAAUACCUGUGCUACACUUCAAUAAAAAAAUGGCCACCAUUUGGUUUUUGCACUAAAAGGACAUCUGGGGGCUCACACUCCAAGGGGGGAGUUAGCACUUCCUCUUCCCCUAGUUUUUAACCAAAGAUUGUAGAGGUUUAUAUGAUAGUUUCCUGUCUGAGAAAGGGGAAAUGCCAACAACAAACAUGUCUGCCGGUGGGAUUGUGCACAGUGAGAGCUAGGCUCGUGCACGGGCGUGAGAACCGCUGGCAACGCGUGCACGGCUUUGAAUUUGCAGUAUGGGUACUUGAGAGCAGGUAAGGGAGAGCGGCGGGUUACAAUGUAACGAGCAGGGGCAGGAUUCCAAGCGUGGAACGAGCGGGAUACUUCAUUAGAAUAGAUGGUAAUAAUAGGCUUGGGGCACGGCAGCUGCCUUUAUUCCUGAGCUUGAAGGGUAUGGGACAAGGUUAUAGUGCAGAGGGCGAUGGGAAAGAUGUGGGUGUCAUUCUGCUGGGUGAACGUGCGGCACUUACUGAAAUGACAGAUGGCCGGACUAUAAAGUGACAAUGCUGGAUCCCUAUCACUGCUUUAGGUCAGGGCGAGUACAAGGUGCUGAAUGAGGGCACAGUUUGUAGAAUUAAAACGGGUGCACUGCGUUAGACAUGUGUAGGUGCUAGUUUUUAGUAGGGAAUUCAGUUUCAGAAAUAAUUUGCAGGAAGAUCCAGUGUAGCUUCAGUGGCUGAGAGCUUUUUAUUCUUGGAUAAAGUGCUCAAUAAGUAAAAAAAAAAAAAAAAAAAUACCCAUCGGUUUUCAUUGUUACUGCCCCAAACUACUGUCUUACAGUCACUUUAUAGCUGGUGAUUCAAGUGAUGUAUUGUAUUAGAGUUUCUUCCUAUUUGUUUUGUUUUUUGUGUGUGUGUGUGUUCAUCAUUUUCUUUCUGUGUUAAGAUUGGAUUGUGAAUGUUUGGCAGUGUUCAGGUCCAGUCAUUUAAAUGUAACUGUUCAUAAUGUUUUAGUACUUAUUUCUUACUGUGGACAUGAACACUACAGUAAUUCUAUAUUCUGCAGAAACAUAUAUACAGUACUAGUUCUAAAUCCGACCUUUGAACUACCUUUUGUUUGAAUAAGCAUCCAGAUUAGAUACAUUACAUGCGAUUAGCUAUAUAGUUUUUCUUGUAAAAAGAUUAUUCACCAUAGCUCCACUCCUUGUUUUAUACUUUAUAAAAAGAAUCGUUAAAACUUCAUAGACCAUUAUACCUCCUCCCAACCAUACCUUCAAUUCUCAAUCCUUUUUCUUUCUUUCUUUCUUUCUUCACCUCUCACACUCUGAUCUACCCUUUUAACCACUCAUAUUUACGAGUUUCAUCCAUUUUAAUAAAUCCUCUGGGGACUCAAAAGUCUCCUGUUGAUUCUUCCAAUGGACCUUUAACUUGUUUGGGUAACCCCAUUGAUAGCGUAUAUUUUUUGUCUGUCUCUCAAUGUGAUCAGAGUUUGUGCAAAACUUCUCCGCCUGUUCGUCUCUGGUAUGAGAGAUCUUGAUAUACGCAGAUAUCUUUGAACUUGUCUUCCUGUAUGGAUUUAUCUCUAAUAGCUCUCACGAUUUUUUCUUUGAAUGAAUAAGCAUGAAUCUCUCGGCGGCUUAUCCGGUAUAUUCUUCAGUUUGUAUGACCUAUGAAUUCUUUCCAUUUUAUAUUCAUAUGGGUCAGCUUCUGGUUCGAUUUUCUUGUACAUCUCUUGUAGAAGGUCCUUGAUUUUAUCUUGAGUGAGGCUUUCUGGGAUGUUACGAAAUCGCAAAUUUCAUCUCCUUGAUCGAUCUUCUAAUUCUCUUAGUUUGUAUUCCAAACCUUUUGCCUUUUCGGAUAAUUGUAUAUUAUUUUCUUUUAAAACUGUUUAUUGUGAAUCCAUAUUAGUUAUUUUUUCCUCUAAUGAAGAGAUUCGUUCUGCCAUGAUGUUAAUAUCCCUUUUGCUGGCUGCCCAUUGAGAGAGAGAGCGAGCAAAUACUAUUUUUCUUAAUAGGAGGCCCAUGAUGUGGGGGUGGGUGCAUUCCGUGGACCUUCUAUCUACCUCUAUCUAUUUUCUUAGUUUAAAGUCUCCUCGAACAUUUUUACCAUUCUCUCCUCAAGUGCAGCAGAGCUCUUCCCAUUCAGGUGCAAUCCAUCAUGGAUGAAGUUAGUUUCCAUUUGCCUUUGGCACAUGUAGUAUCUCAGUAAAUACGCCCAUCUGAGUUCUUCUUGUUUCACGUGGUUUCUAAUUCCGUGAACCAUUUAAUCUUCCUCUAACUUUGGCAUUGGUACCAAUAUGGGCCAUUACAGCCAGUCCCAACAAUCUAUCCACUCUUUCAGCAACAUAUUGAACCCGAGCAUCUUGGAGACAGAGAUCGAUUUUACUGGGGUGAUCAAAGUGGCAGAUUACCCAGUCUGCUUUCUUAAUAAUAGUCUCCUUGCACCACAACAUGCUUAGUCUAUCCUCCACUCUGGAUCCCACCCACACUGUUCACUCCGCUGUUAGAAGUGAGAACCCCCAAAUGAUGAUAUAUUUACCUCACAUGACACAGGUCAAGCCAUUACCUCUGAAAUUUUACUCCAUGAAUUUCCCUAAAUUACCACAAAUGAUUUGCACAGUAUUAAUUGAUCAUUUGUUGUUAAGUGGGUUGUUAGUUUAAGCCGGAGGAGUCUGAUUAAAUGUUAAUUCUUUAACUUUGCAGAAUUAAGCUCUAGUAAUUUAAAGUUUUCUCCUUCUAAAUGUGAUCUGCAGCUAAUGUGUUUGUGUGUCUUCACAUACUUGAACUUGUUAAAUAAUGUAUGUGUAAUUAAUUAUUUCCAAGUGCUAAAUAAAAUAUAAAUCCCUAAUCUUUUAUCACUACCAGAGGGCUUAAUUGUUCUGAGGUUAAGGUUUGACACAUGGACUAUGUUACACAGAUUCUGUUCUAUCCUAAUUAGGGAUUUGAUUAUUUUCCUAUUUUGUAGGAUGAAGGAGUGGUGGAUUCAGGUUGGACUCUUGACUGUUCCUCUUGUCGCUGUCUAUCUGCACAUUCCUCCUCCAAACCUCUCUCCAGCCCUCAACACAUGGAGGUCAUCAGGAGCAUUUUUCACUUUUCAAGAGCAGCGAAUAUUUUACAAAGGUGAGAUUCCAUUAAUACUGUGCACUGCUAUUUAGUUUUCUAGCGUAAUUAAAGAUUGAAUAGAAAUCUAUACAGAAAAUUUCACUAGAAAUGAAUUUAUAGUAAUCUAUAAACAUGAUCUACCAGGUUGUUCUGAGGUUGAAAUAAUCUUGUAUUUCAAAUCCCCUCAAAUGUUUUUGCUACUGGUGAUACUUGCAGGAAAAUAUGGUAAUUUCUUAUUGAGGAGAUGGCAAUACUGGAACUGCCUCACUAUUUAUUUAAAAAUAACAGAAACUUGCUAAGAAAAAAAGUAUAAAGGCAUGAGAAAACACUGCCAAUCAACACCAGAGUCUUGAAUAGUUUAGCUUGAACCAAUAAAUUCUUAGUAUUUAUACAGAAUAGUUUCACAGCUCAAAUCUGGGCUUGCUAGAAAUCUAUAAAAAUAUUUUAUGCAUUCAACAGAAUAGACUUCUGCACACAUUUAAAAUGAGUUUUAUAAACAGCUAACUGUAGCUGCUAGCGGUUGAGGAAGGGUAGAGGGGAGAUGCGAAAUGCAUCCAUCUUUGCCUUGCUUUUCUGUUUUGUCCCUCUGAUUUAGGCCUCAAUUUUAUAUUGACAUAAUGUAUUGAAAAAUAUGUUCAUCUAUAAAAAAAUAUGAACAUAUUUUUCAAUAUAUUAAAAGCUUAUCCAAAAAUAUUAAAUCAAGUCAGUAGUUGCAUGUAAUGUGCCUGUGCUUUAUCUGUCAAAUUUGUACGAUUUUAUCUAAUAAAAAAGGUAGUUCUUAUUUACAGACUUAAUAUGCCUCUUCACUGAAACACAAGGAUAUUGCAAUAUAUGUUUAUUGAAGCUUUAACGGCCGCUAAUGAGCCAUAGCUAUGCCAUCAAAUUCCCACUGUUCUAGUACGUUCUGUCACCACUUUAACCAUCAUCAAUUAGGUGGAAAAGGUCCCUGAAAUUUUGGUAGACACUUAAGUUAUUUUGAUGGCAUUACUGAAUAGGAGUCAGACACCUUACCAGGAAUUUAGCUAUUUUCUUUUCUCAGUUUCCAUGUUUCUGGCAUUGGACAGCCAAUCAAUCUUUCAUCUCUAGUCCUGUUGAUCUCACUAGAGUGUUCCUUUCCAUCUUUCGAACAAUGCCUGUCUUGAUUACCACACACUGUACCUCUCUCCAUUUCCAUUCUGUGGACUUCUCCAGUGCUGCAUUAGUUGCUUAAUGGGUCCAGGGAUAUAAAUUACUGUAGACCUUAUUAUAAAAUUGCAAUUUACUUUUCCAAUUUCAUGUGCUUAAAUGAGAAUGUGGGGGGCGGGGCCAGCCAAGGAACAGAGUGGUCGCAAAAACCGGAGCUCUGCGCUGUACAGAGUGUAAAACUGCUUAUUGUGGUGGAAAUUGUGUACAAAGCCAGCUGUUUACAUUGACAACCAGCCUGGCAAGAUAAUGGGCCAAAAAAACAAAGCCAGAAAGAAGCCGUUAGAUAUUGGCGAACUACUGCAAAUUUCGCAGAAGGUUGCAUGGGACAAGAUGGCGUUGUACGAAGGCUCAGCCUAAUCCUCAGAUGAACCCUCGCUAGAUUUCGGUGAGCGUCCAUCAGUAGGCUCAAUAUCCAGGCUACCACCCAAGAACCGCUACCACAGGGCGCUGUUUCUUGCUGUGGUUCGGGGAGCCCUCUAAUACUCGAAGACUCCACGCUCUCGCUGUUUACGGACACACAAAGCCCUCUCACUUGGAGAAAGGCCCUACAACCACUCCUGCUACACCUGCACAACAGGGAUAUAUCCUGCUGCUGGGGAGCACCGAAGUCAAUCCUCUUCACAUAUUUGGGGACUGCCUAUCAAUCACAUAGCUACUCAGAGCUAGAAACUCACCUGCAGAAGCUGGUCCUCACUAGCCCUCCAGGAGCAGAAACAUCUGGGCUGACUCACCUGGACCCUACCAAGAUAGCGGAGUUCACUCCUCAUGCCCCUUGGCAAAUCUCCUCAGCACAAGAACCAGCCUGAUGGGACGAUAGGCCAAGACCUCUAAGUCUCCCAAAUUCCACCCAUAUGUACAGAAUAUACUUUCCAUGAUAUGAUAUUCUUCUUGUUUCCUUAUAUGUUUUUAGAUGUUAUUCACUUAUAAUUUUAAGGUUCCUCACAUUUAAGGUAAUCUUAACUUGGGGACUGGUGUAUAGCUUCCCUGAAUGAGGCACGUAUGGCUGGGUCACCUUGCGCAUACCUGCACUCGAUGGUUCUAAACACUUAACGCCACAUCCGCGAUAGACUCGAGUACUAAAGUUCUCACCCUACUCCCUCCCCCCACACACUCACGAAUGCAAAUCCACCAACAUGUUCACUUUGUGACCUUGGAGGGAGGUGCAUCCUCAACUGGGCAUCUCUGGUAAAGCUAAGGCUUUACCUGUGGAAUUCAGCCUAAGCCCAUAGGGGAUUACUGUUUAGUCUUGCACAUUUUUAGUAGAUUUGUGUUUUUUAUUUUCCUUUAAAAAAAAUUUUUUUAAAAGUCAGCAUGUUUCAUACUACCUAAUAUUAUGUGGUCCAUAAAGGAUAUUACUGUAUGUGAAAGUACCAAAAUUGAAUUUUUACUGUACUACUACCAUGCUGAAUGACAAAAUAAAGAAUACAAAAAAAAAGGAGAAUGUGACUUACCUAAAUCUACAACUAAACUUUGUAGCAAUAUAAAAACUCAAACCUAGUGCAUAUUUGAACUGAACAUUUUAAAUCUAUAAAAUCCUUAUCUUCACAAACAGACUGAGGCACAGAGAAAUCCACUAGGAAAGCAAUGGGUCACUUCCUGUCCUAUGUCCUAUUGAAAAUAGUGCAUAGUGUAUGUAUCCAUCCAAUAUUUGGCCCUUAUUGAAGGCUCCAGCAACAAUAUAUGCAGCUGUCAUUUCAUAUUCAGUUCUGCACUACAGUUCAAAGUGCUAUGUGUCUCCAUGCAGACCAUGUCAAGUCACUGCAUUCCAAGUGCUGAUGUCAGGAUGCAUGUUAAUGCACAAUAUUUACUGCUUUAAACUGCUAUAAGUAUAGUCCUGGGAGAUGAUGUGGCUAUCGUGAUUCCUCCCUUUCCAAAUGCUACAAUUACAAAAAUAAAUAAAAAUAUUAGGCAGGUUGGGCAUAUUGUAAUGUCUGGGUCUGGAGCUUUAGUAGCCUCUACAUUUAUCAGGCUGUGUGCUUUCCCCUGUCUGCAUACCAAAUAUCUCUCUCCAUCUUCACUUUGUAUGUUACUUUAUUUCACCAUGACUAAUAUCUUCACCCUGCGUGCCCCCUCGAUCAUCACAUCAAUUUUUUUCUCUCCAUUGCCAUUCUUCAUACUUAUCUUGUUCUCCUCUCCCAUUCUUUCCAGCACUUUUUUGUUUCUCUCCAAUCACUGGUGCAUUGUCUCUCACUAUGAACCACACUGUAUCUCUCGUGCAGCCUCGUAAUUUCUCUCUCCAUUAUCCAAACAGUGUCCCUUUCCAUCCCAACCCAGAAUGUGUCUCAAUGUCCCUCAUUUUACAGCAUCUCCGUCUUCAUUCCCCCAAAUGAUCUUUGUCCUACAGUGUCUCUCUCAAUCCCACCAACUGGUCUCCAUAGUAUCACGCUUCACCACAUCACCAAAGUAUCGCUCUUCUCUACCAUUUUCCCAGCAGUACUGCUCUUCAUCAGUCAUUUGGUUAGCACCAUUGAUUUUUAUUCCCCCCCCCCCCAUGUAUUUAUUGUUCAUAUCUACAUAUCUAUAAACUAUACAGCUAAAGUGUCUGUCCUUUUAUCUUAUGUUAAUCAGAUUCACUGGGGACUGUUGGCAACUCUGAUGUGUUGGUUCUUUUGCAUGGUUUUCCAACAUCCAGUUAUGACUGGUAUAAGGUGAGAAUUGCAUGUCUUGUUUUUAUAUUUGUUUUUAUUUCACAGGCAUUUAGAAACUCUGUAUGUGAAGUAUAAGAACCAAUAGAGAACAGUGGCUCUUGGGGAGCAGCAAUAAAGCAUAUUUUGCCAUGCAUCCUGAUGGCUCUUAAGAGAGGGUACUCUUUAUAUAGAAAAGACAGGGGAGGCAAGAAAGGGGGAGGGGUGGCCCUGUAUGUAAAGGAUAGCAUAAAAGCUAGCCUAAUAAAAGUUAGUGAGGUGAACAUAGAGUCCGUUUGGGUUACGUUAGAAUUUGGUAAUCACGCAGUACAGAUGUAAUUUAUAGGCCCCCAGGAGUUAGAUAAUCUACUGGUUGAGGAAAAUGCUAAAAUGACAAUGAACAGGGAAGUUAUCAUGGGUGACUUUGAUCUUCCUGAUGUGAACUGGAAAACCAAAAUAGCUGCUUGUGCACACAUGUUCUAAAUAUUGAAUUGUUUAGAAUAUUAAUGGAUGCUCUUCUGAUUCAUGAUUCAUGUUCUUAAGCACCAAAUAACUUGAAUUUAAAUAUUACAUUUUGACAGCACAUUUUUUGGAAUGCUAUUAUUCAUCAAAUGUGAACAUUUAUUCUCUUGCUACAGGUGUGGGAAGGUCUAACUCAGCGAUUUCACAGAGUUAUUGCUGUAGAUUUUAUCGGUUUCGGUUUCAGUGAUAAACCGGUAGGUGUCAACUUAUUCUAUGUCUAUAAUAUUGCUGCUAAAUUCUGGAAAGCAACAGAAUUAUUUUAAUAUACUAUAUGUAGCAAGCACUGUGGAUCCACUAUAUGGCUCUGUUCCCUGUUCUAAGUUCAGACUGCUUUGACAUUGACGAGAGCACAAAGAUUGCCUUCUCCUUUACACAUUAACACUUCUACAUUCUGAAUUUCAAUUUCUUCCAUCCUGGACAACAUUGAUUGGCUGAGAGAGAGAGGGGCGCAGCAUAGCCUGGCAUUCUCAACCAGUCAGUAUUAUUCAGAUUGGAUGAAAUUGAUAAUGCAUAUAUGUUAAUUUACCGUUAUCAAUAUAGCGGAGAGUGUGGUGGUUCAUUGACUGGAAGAGCCCUAGUUUAUGUCAGCGCACUCUCCUAAACUGUUUAAAAUUGAUAGUGCGGAUGAAGCAGAGACAGUGUAGGCAACAUACCAUGAUGGUUAUGUUGCUUAACCAUUAGAAAUAAAAAAAAUCCAGUUUUACAUGUACUAACAGUAAUGGAGGCUUUGUUGACUCUUUCAGAUGUGCAGCUGAGUAUUCACAUAUUUAUUUUCAGAGACUCCACCGAUACUCCAUUUUCGAACAGGCUUCCAUAGUAGAAGCGCUUAUUAGUCACCUUGGCCUGAGCGAUCAGAAACUGAACCUCUUGUCUCAUGAUUAUGGGGAUACUGUUGCCCAGGAACUGCUUUACAGGUCAGACUAAUACCAUAUGGCAUUUUCAGGCAUCUAUUACAUUGUAUAAUAUAAUGAAAGUUAUUACCUUUUGAAAUUAAAAGAAACAGAGGGUUGAACUGAGGAAAUUUUUUAGAUAUCUUUUAUACAAAUUUUUUUGUUUACAAAAUUCUCAGGUUAAAAGGCAACUAGAAAAGCUCUGCCGAUGUAGUUUAGAGUAGUUUUCCAUGCAAAUUGGUAAAAACCUGAAAAAAACUGUAAUAACACAGCAGAAAUGAUAUGCAGUUUGACAUAUAUUUCAUAGUGAGAACAGGUCCUUGUGACUAAGGUCUUAAGCUCCACACAAAGAACAUGUGUUUUUCUGUUUCAUUUUCUAUUAGGUAUGACCAUGGAAGAAAAGGGCACAUUCAUAUAGGAAGCCUGUGUUUGUCCAAUGGAGGUAAGUGGUUGAUUCCAACUGGUGGUAUCUCUAUAUCGUUAAUUGAACCUCACCUGCUUUACAGAGACACUCUAAGCACCAUAACUACUACAACAUUGCUAACAGCUGAUGGUUGCCUUUUCCUGGUUGUUAAUCAAACUGUCUCGCCCCUCUGCAGCCAAAUGAUUACAUGAUUACUAAACGUAAUUCUGUCAAACUAGGAUAUCGAUACUGGACUUUGAGCUUUGCGGGUUCUCCUAGCACUCUCAGCCUAUCAUUGCCAUUCAGAUUCAUAGAGUGUGCAGUAUAAAUGCAGACAUUCAUAGCAUCAGAGUGAACCAGGUAUUCAGCCUAUUGUUGUAUGCUUUGAAACUAGACUGUUACUUUCUUUCCUUUGCAUUGUAUAUGUGUGAAAUCCUUUUAUAUGCACAUUGAGGAAUAUAGUCCCAAUGUUUCAUGUUUUUAUAUCCUAAGGAAGUGUGAAGAGGGAAUAUCUACGUUCUUGAAUCACAGACCUAUAUACACACACACACACACACACACACACACACACUCACAUAUGUACAUACACACGACCACAGACCCACACCCACAUACAUACACAAACAUUCAAUCACAGACACACACACACACGUACAUUGACAUACCUAUACAAACAAUCACAUUUUUACACACACACAGUCCCAAUGUUACAUUUUAUUCUAUUCUAUGGAAGUGUGAAGAGGGAAUAUGAACGUGCAUGAAAGAGGCUUGGAUAACCAGGGAAUACUAAAGAAUGGUGUAGAAUGGGUAAUAUGUUGCUGGAACAUUAUGUGUUUGCAUACUUUUCAGAGAAAAUCCCAAAGUAUUCUUAUGUAAGAGAUUGUUCCAUUGAUCUCUCAUCCUUACGGGAGCAGUGACCUAUGGUGACUAACUUGCAGUUGGAUUUGUUGGUCCGCUUCAGUGAUUAAAGCCAACCUCUCUGCAGAUCAAUGCUUUCCUUGCUCCAUGUAUUUCUCAUUUGCCCAGAAGGUAGUCAUUUAAACAUGUGGAAUUGUAAAUUUGCAAAAACUAUUUUCUUUCAUUGCAGGUAUUAUCCCAGAAGUGCAUUAUCCCAGGAUUGUCCAAAAGGUCAGCUCAGUAAUUUAAUGUUAAUUGUAAAAAAUAAAGUGGGGAAACAGAAGAGCAUGCUUGUGGACAUUUACACACGCGUUUCUUCCAUUUCCUUUCCCUUCUUCAACUGAUCUAGAAAAUUGGCAUAAAUCACUCUCAGGAUCCUAACCCAAAUAUUUGUAGUUGCUCUUGUUUAUCUAUCUAUCUAUCUAUCUAUCUAUCUAUCUCUGUUGUCAAUGUAAAUAAUAGAGAAAGAUAUUUUAUAAACAAAAUUGUUGCUGUCUUUGUGUUACAAUGUUUGCUUUUCACUUCAACAGCUGUUAAAGGAUGCUGGUAUUUUUUCCCCAAUUCUUACAAGGCUGAUGAAUUUCUAUAUGUUCAGCAGAGGGUAAGCCUAAUUAACAACACUGUGAUUUUUGUUUCAAUAAAUGUGUAUUGACAUAGACAGAAUAUGUUGAAAAGUAUUGAAAGAGAUACCAAAGUCCUCUCAAACAAAAUUCUUAAAAAAUGACACCCAAAUGCCAAAUGGAGGAAUUUAGUUUCAACACAGGUAGAUAGGAGAUACAUAUAUGCUGCAUCAGUUGAGGGGUAGAGCCUAGAGUAUAUUUAAGUGGAAGACCAGUGCAAAAAACAAGAGAACAUCGUAUGAGGGCAUGUAAUGGGUCAGAGAAGGGGAGGAAGGAAUCCUCAUUACCUCCUUCCCUUCCCCAAGGGUGAGGACUGCCAGAGCCAUGGAGGAAGAUGUAAUCAGGAAUAGGUCCUCAAUUAAAAAUAAUUUUGGUGAAUCUGAUAUCCAAUUACUACUUUCCCAUUAUAUGAAAAUUCCUAUUAGGUUAACCUCUUCUUGUAUGUAAUGGAAUUUUUCUGGAUUAGUAAAGUCAGAUCAGAGAACAGCAUUCCUAUCCACAACAAAUCUAUAUUAUGCGUUAAACUUCAGGAUUAUUCAGGAGAGACAGCAUAUGGUAUUAUUAGAACAUGAGCUCAUUGUAUAUGUAGGAUGGGAGUUGUUUAUUUCUAAUGAUAUUCUGUGUAAGCUAGUAUACUGCCCUUCUCCCAUCUAUGACUGAUGUAAUGUUUUCUGUUCACAGCAUCAGUGAGGUGUUUGGCCCCCAUACACAGCCAUCCGAAACAGAAUUCUGGGACAUGUGGACUGCUCUGAGGAACAAUGAAGGGAAUUUGGUGGUGGACAGGUAGAGUAUGGAGGGUAGGGCAACCCCCUUUACUAACAGAAUACUACAGCUGAACAUAGCUUAGUGAUUACUGGGGUGGUAUAAAUACAAUUACAUAAUAUAUUGAAAAAUGAAUGUGUUUAAAAUAUAUAUCACCCCCAUAACUAUAUAACCUUUGCAUUUAGUUAAAAAUACACAUUUGUGCAAACAUCAUGUGUGCCUACAUGGAAGGGAAAUCCAUGAUCUAUAUCUGGUAAUAUUUUAAACACGUAUGUGCUAUAGAAAUUGUGGGUGCUAUAGAAAUAGUAUGUAUACAACACUUGUAUUCCUUCUCCACUGUGACUAAAAAUGUGUAGCUGCAAGAUUCCGUAAUCUGUUUGCAUGAUAGCUUAUACCCAUACUUGUUAUUACACCAGUCUUGCCAUUUUAGUAUUUUGCAGUAUAUAAAUCAACGCAGGAAACACAGAGAUCGCUGGGUGGGAGCAUUGGCCAAUUCCUCUGUUCCAUGUGAGUUAAAAAUUUGUUCAAUAAGCAUUUUUCUUAAACCAUGAAGGAUCUGUGUCCUAGCCAUUAAAGGGAAAGAGCACUGCUUGCUUGAUGGCAAACUUUCCUGGUAUUGAGUUUAUGUAGAAUUGCUCUUGCAGUAGUGUGUGGCACCAUGUGGCCUGAUGGCUAAUUUGAACUGCAGAUGUUUGUGCACUACAUUUCCCAUAAGGCUCAAAUAGAUAAUUUGCCAUUAUAGGAAACAUAAUGCAAACAUUUGGCAAUCCAUGAUUUUCUAAGUUAUUGGUUUUUUUUUCCCUUUCAUAGUACAUCUAAUAUAUGGACCACUUGAUCCGGUCAAUCCACACCCUCAGUUCCUAGAACACUACACGUAAGUUGAACAGUCCUCAGAAGAUGUGGCCUGCAAAUGAUUAACUAUGCCGGAUUUUAUAUGUAAAUGUGACAUUUUCAAUAUUUAAUGUGGGAAUCUCUAAAUGUAUACAAUUAGUGUUUGAAGAUUGCACGGAAACCAUGUCAGUUACAAACCAUUGUACAGCUCUGCAGAAUUUGUUGGCGCAAUAUAAAUAAUAAAAAUUAACACACAGACUACAAAUAUAAAGCAGGCAAAACAAACUUAUUAAUUUUUACUAAUUCUCUGUAAUAUUUUACAGAUAGGGAUGAAUUUAGAUCUGUGUGACCAUAAGUAGUGUUAGGAGAUCUAUGCCACAAUGUGUAACAUGUCCCCGUGACUUUUCACCAUGUCGCAGUUUGUGUCACUAGUUCAUAAAGAUUCUUUAACUUUCAUUCUAUUCUUGCAGAAAACUAAUUCCAAAGUCGACCUUCUUUGUUCUGGAUGAUCACAUCAGUCAUUACCCACAGCUGGAGGAUCCUACAGGCUUUCUUAAUGCUUAUCUGAGUUUCAUCAACUCAUUCUGA